GUCACGUGUUACGGGUUCCGCCACCAGUAAGAUGGCGCGGGGUCAGAGGUGAGAAUUGACAGGCAGAAGUCACAUGACUGAAGAUGGCUUCAAUACAGUGGUGAGUGUCUUUAAACCUACAUUCCUUUAUACACCGGUUAUUAGGUCGCUUCCCAUUAAUUUAUAUCCUUUCCCGUUUGUUUAUUGAUGGACUAAUUAGAAAAUAAACAUCAAGCUUUGUGCUGUGGAUAGCACAGUGAGGGCUAGUGAUGGAAGUAAUGGGCUCCUUGUAUGAAUUCUGUGUGUACCCUAAUACAGAUACCCUAAAUAAUUAUUUUAUUUCUGUUGCUGCAACCCCCUUUCUGCAUCUCAAUGCAUAUCUCAUAUAUUUACACACUUCACUUACAGCUGCUGUGUUGAACAUAUAACUUUCAUUUAUAUAUAUAUAUUUUUUGUUCUAUUGCUACUAAAUCGGUAAAUCAUUAUUUUCCACUAAUAUAAUGUGUUUUAUUAAGACCUGAUGCACAUAUUAUCCAUAUACUAUGAAUGCAAUUCCUAUUACAAUAGCACGUGCAAUGUUUGUAUGAUUUUUAGAAGCAGAACAGCCUUUUCUGUGUUUCAACUAUAUUAUGACAUUUGCUUGUGUUUACACUGCCUCCUGUAGCUCUGUGGAACAGGUCAAUACAAUCAAUGUUAUGGGUAAAUUUAGGUUUUGAACACCUGCAGCAGGCACUCCAGACACCUUAAUCACUUCGGGGUGUUUUUUUUUAUUAAAGGGACACUCCAGGUACCCAGACCACUUCUGCCUAGUGGUCUGGAUGCCUACUCCCACUACCCUUAACCCUGCAAGUGUAAUUAUUGCAGUUUUCAUAAACUGCAAUAUUUACCUUGCAGUGUUAAGUCCUCCUCUAGUGGCUGUCUAGUAGACAGCCACUAGAGGGACUUCCGUGUUCUUAGAACACGAAAAGUGUGUUAUACGACACUGGACGUCCUCACGCUAUGUGAGAACCUCCAGCGUCGCCAAAAUCCCCAUAGGAAAGCAUUGAAUAAUGCUUUCCUAUGGGGAGGUCUAAUGCGCGUGCGAGGCCAUUGCCGCGCAUGCUCAUUCGGUCUUCCCCACCGGCUGAUGUCGGCAGGGGAGGAGAGUAGGCGGAGCGCCAAGGGAUAUAAGGUUUUAACCCCAUCAGCAACUUGGGAUGGGGGAUGUGAGGGAGAGGGGCAUUACAGGGAGUCCGUUUAAUACAACACUCACACACCUGCCAUGAAAAGCUAAUUACAUUUUUUUAUUUACUCCUGUGUUUAAUACUGGUUUUGUAUUUUACUGUACCGUAUUGUAAUAAUUCAAUGUAUCCUUCCUGGUAAUAUAUUUUAUAAAUAAAUAAAGAAAAGAUAAAUUAUUUCAUUUGCAAUUAGAUGUAACUUACUCUAAAUGGUUUUAUCUAGUGCACUAUAAAUUGAACUUUAAUUACACACAGGAGGCUCUGGCAUGGUCCAGCAAGCUAUUAACAGAGCAGAAGAUAAUAAAUUAUAAAUGAAACAGAAUUUGCAAUAAAGGAAGUGUAAACAUUAGAUGACUCUUUACAGGAAGUGUUUAGGAAGUAUGUGUAAGUCACAUGCAGGGGAGGUGUGGCUAGUGCUGUAUAAACAAAGUGAUUUAACUUCUAAAUGGCACAGAAUUGAGCAUUGAGACUGCAAAGGCAUAAUCUUAAACUCAAAACUGCUUAAUUAAGCUAAAGUUGUUUUAGUGUCCCUUUAAUAUGCUUCUGAGUGAAUAAAUAUAUUUAGCUUUAUUAGCAAACAAUACCAGCGAACAUCUAGAGGAUAUGCUACGGGCUGUUCUAAAUUCACAUCACCCUUUGGCAGAUGCAUGGACUACACAGUAUUGAGCCAUAAACAAAAAAUUACAUGCCUACUGUCCCAAAUGCCAAUGUAUACUUGGGGGAGUCAUGAGCGAGUCUUAUGCCAACACGAAAUGAAAACUUUAUAUUCUUCCACUGGCUUGCGUUUAACCCAAAGGAAGAAAAGUUAAAGCAAUACUGUAAUUUCUUUAGAAAUUGUGACAUCAUCCUUGAGUUGUCAGCCUCAUUUCAAGGUGCGCGAGAGAGCUGGGCAGCCAAAACACUGUGCAAUCAAGGCUCCCUCGCCGCUGGUACUUUGAAUGGACAGAGUAGACAGCUGUCAAAUGGCACCCCUAUCGGAAAUGUGCCAGUGGGCAGGUGUCUAGUCUGUGUAAUCGGAAUGCCUAAAAUGUUACUCCAAAUUGUGGCCAUUGAAAGGCUCGGAGCAUCACCUGAUGCUCUGAUCGUAGCACCUGUGCCCAAUACAACAGUUCCCUUUGGGUAACACAGUCAAGUAGAGUAGGGAGAGGCAGUUCAGAUGGGUGCCUGGGACCCACCUUACGGUAAGAUGGCAAGCAGAGACUCCAGUCCCGAAAACAACAGUUGAAAUUAAGUUGUUUUUUCCCCCCAGGAUUUAAAGUCCAUUUAAAGGGGCACUAUAGUCACCAAAGGAAGUUUAUCCUAUUAAACAGUUUUUGUGUAUAAAUCAUGCCCCUACAGUCUCACGGCUCAAUUCACUGCCAUUUAAGAGUUAAUUCAUUUUUGUUACUGUUUGUGUAGCAAUAGCCACACCUACUCUGGCUGUGACUGACACAGCUUGCAUAAAAGUUUGCAAAUAUGUUGUGCAUUAAAGGAGCACUAUAGGGUCAAGAACACAAACGUAUUCCUGACUCUAUAGUGUUAAAACCACUAUCUAGCCCCCUUGGCCCCUUUUGCCUCCAUAAAGAUAGUAAACUCCUACUUGUAUUCAAGUCUGAAGCUGCAGCCUCUGCGUGUGAACUUCCUCUGACAUCAGCAGAAGUGGUAGCCUGAUCCACAGUGCUUCCCCGUAGGAUUGGCUGAGACUGACAAAGAGGCAGAUCAGGGGCAGAGCCAUUCAAACACAGCCCUGGCCAAUCACUGAAUGAAUUGAAUCUCUGAAUCUCUAUGAGGAAAGUUCAGUGUCUGCAUGCAGAGGGAGGAGACACUGAAUAUGUGGAUGCAUUUUAGGCAGCCAUGACCCAGUAAGGAUCUCUAACAGCCAUCUGAGGAGUGGCCAGUGAAGUUAUCACUAGGCUGUAAUGUAAACACUGCAUUUUCUCUGAAAAGACAGUGUUUACAGCAAAAAGCCUGAAGGUAAUGAUUCUACUCACCAGAACAAAUUCAAUAAGCUGUAGUUGUUCUGGUGACUAUAGCGUCCCUUUAAGCAUCACAACUAAUAAAUUAUAACUAAAUAAGUGUUUAUUUAUUUUGUUCUUUAUAUUUAAUUUAAAUAGAGUAAUUUACUAAGCUUUUUUUUUUUUUUAACAUUUGAAUCUCUCCUUCACACAUACUUUCUUAGGGAUCAUAAGUGAUGUAAGAUUUUAGUAUUUCAUAUGUCAUGGCAUCUCCUCAUUUAUAGGCACUCCAAGGAGCGGAACUACACUGAUGAAAUAGAAUCAUGCAGACUGGAGCGAGCUGCUGUGGAGUAUGGAGACUAUCAUCCUUUAAAACCCAUUACGGUGUGUUUCCAGUGCGAUGUGUGUAGAGCUAUGAAAACCUCUACGUUUUCUGUGUUAUUGUGUGCUUUUGGUACUAUUUGUAAUCUGAUCUUUAGCAAAAAUCUAACAUUAGACACAAGUUCAUAAGAUCCACAAGAUCAAACAACUUGGCAUUUUGAUAAUUUAAUUAUGAACAUGUAAUUACCUCCUUUAGACUAAGUAUUCCUAUUUUAAAAGCAAUAAUUACAGACAGGUUUUGUAGUUCCUGAUUGUUUUUAUUCGUCUUAAUUUUGCACCCAACAAAUUCCUUUAGGAUGAGAUGCCCCUUUCACUAUCAUAAGCAUCACUAGCACAUCGCAAACCAUGUUUCCCCCAUGCCAAAGUUGGCAAGUAUUAAUGCUGCCAUUGGCCCUUUCUGUGGUGUGUCAUCUAGUGCCUGCUAUACUUCCUCGAGAGGUGGUAUGGAAAAGUGCCUUCAUGGAUUUAGUUUUGAAAUCUAGAUGUCUUAGAAAUAAACACUGCACACUCUGAUGAAAUUGCAUUUUGGGCACUUUUUACUUCCACACUCGGUUCAUUCACUGAACCGUGUGAUCAGAAAAGCAUUGGUUUGAUCUUCCUUCUAACAUUUCUAGCCAAGAAAUCAGAAAGUAUUUGCAAGUUUGACUUGGUUUCAUCAUGGAUGUGGCUUAGCUGCUGCCAUGUGUUAUACCAGAAAUCCAGGGACUUUAAUGUAAAGGUAGUUGGAAGUAGUGUACCCAUUCCAGUUUUAACCACAAUGUAAUCAGUCUCUUUAAUACAGCUUGAGUCCGUUCAGUACAUUCAGGUUUGCCAUGGAGUGACGGAAGUGUUCAUGCUCACACAUGUCAAAAUGCAGAUAUAGAUUGUCUUACAAAGGCUGAUCAAUGUUGUUUGUGUACUAACAGCUGAUAUGGGUAAUCUUCAUGUUGUGCAGGUUACAGAAUCGAAGACCAAGAAAGUGGGACGCAAAGAGAGCACUUCUUCAAAUUCUUCCUCGUGCUCCUCCAAUUCGGUUGUAGAUCCUCUGAGUAGCGUGCUGGAUGGGACAGACCCUCUCUCCAUGUUUGCAGCUACAGCUGAACCAAUAAUCUCAACUACGGUAAAAACUUCUUACUAUAAUGUGUUCAAUUGGUAAUUCGUUUUUUUUUCCUUCCUUCCUUCCAUUUUUUUUUUUUUUUAAAUAAUUAAAGAGAAUCUUAAAUACCUAGAACCUAUCUACCCAUAUCUAACCUCCUCGGCUUGCACCAGACCAGAUUGUUCCAAUUUUACCAUCUCCAUCUACCAACAUCUGAGUUCCCAUUCUUAUUCUAUUCCCCUGACUUUUAACUUGUGUGUUUUACUGCUUUUUUACUGCAGAAACAUAUUACUUUAUAUUUUCCUGUUACCUACUCUAUAAUAUUUUGCACUUAAAGGUGCACUCCACUGCCCAAAUACAAAAAUAAAUAAAUAUAUAUAUCUCUCUAUCUCAAAAAACAAGAAUCUUAUGGUGGGGAAAAAUUGUGAUUGAAAACCCCUUCCACCUGAAGUCAGUGGAUAGUCAAUAUUUUCUUAAACACAGAGUUGCAUACCAGUCAAGCCAUAAGACUUGCUUUUCCCGCAGAAAAACAAGUCUUAUGGCUUGGCUGGUGUGCAACUCUGUGUUUAAGAAAAUAUUGAAUAUAUAUAUGUAUAUAUAAUGUGUGUGUGUGUGUAUGUAGAAAGGCCAUUAGGCCUGAAUUUGUGAGAGGAGUAAGUCCCCUACUUAAACUCCCAGCCCCUACUCAUCUCUGACGUUCAAGUUCAAGUGUUCCCACCCACCUGCACCCUUAAAACAAUACAAUUCUCCUUGGUGGGCCCUCUUUUAUUUACAGGCCUGCUCGGAUGUUGGUUUCGGCACACCACAACCAAACUUUCAUCUCAGACACUAUCCAUUGCAUAUUAAAUUCCGAGCACAAAUCUAUAUAUAUCAGAAAAUCUGUUUAGUAUAUAUUUACCCCAAAUGAAAACUUGCAAGCAUGCAUUUAAUUAUGUAUUUUUCAAUGGAGUUCUAUCUAAAAACCACUUCUGUAGAAAUGGAAAGGACGAGAACACACUCUUCACACGCAAAUCAUUUCAGCAUGAUAAAGUGCUUUAGGGUUCUGGAGUGUCCCUUUAAUUAAGUUUUUGAAACUUAAAGGGACACUGUAGGCACCAAGACCACUUCAGCUAAUUGAAGUAGUCAGGGUGCUGUGAACCUUUUGCACUUAGUCCUGUGGGAGGUGGGCUCCGAGGGAGGCAGGGGGCCUAUUAACCCUAUAGUACCAGGAAAAUUGCUUUGUUUUCCUGGCACUAUAGGAUCCUUUUAAACACAAGAAAAUCCCAUAGAACUUUUUUCUAUAUAGGCUUGUCUAUUUUCUAAACACAUGGAUCCAGGAUAUCCGUAUAAUCAUUAACAGCAUUUUGUUGAAGAACAUGCUUUCUGUAUUGAGCUCCAUUACACUGAAUCAAGUUACACAAAAAAUUCUCAUUAAUAUCUGACAUGGAAUUUACUUUACAUUAUAUUUGUGCAUGCGUUUACUCCAACAUUAUACCUCUGUUAACCUUGCUGUACUUAUAAUAUGUUGCCUGCAUUGAUGUUUGACCUGUUUCAAGGCACUGCAGUUAUGUUUCCUGGUUGAUGCCAAUUACUAUUUUUUUAUCUUACCGUUCAGGAGAGCAGCAGAAAGAAAAAUGACAACGAGGAGCUUGUAGGAAGUGAUUUUGAGCCCUGGUCAAGUAAACGUGGCGAGAUCCUAUCCAGAUAUACAACAACUGAGAAACUCUCCAUUGUGAGUCCAUCUGUUUCUGCCAGUUUGUAGAUAUUGCUGUUAACCCCUUCCCUACUAUUUGAUUGAAAAAAUGUUAGCAUAACAUUUAUUUGAAGCAAUGGAUGCAUUGCUAGCACAUAAGCAUACAAUAAACAGCAAUUUUGGAUAUAUAAUGAUUUUGCAGACAAACUUAAAAAAAAUACACAAUUUAAAAUUUUCUCUUAUUCGUUCAGCUUUUAUAAACAUAUUUAGCAAAAAAAAAAAGCUUUCGCUAUUAUACAGUGUCUUUAAUCUUGCAAUAUUUCACGCAGGGUCUGAAAUGUUAGUAUAAAAGCAUAGAUGCUCUUUAUUUUUUACAUACAAAAGGUUUAACAAAAAUAGAUAGAUAGGAAUGGUCAAGUAUCUACUUGUCAAUUCACUAUAAACCUCUUCCAGACUGUAGGAAUUAUUUGGCCCAUUGAAACUUCCUUUACUGUUUGAAAACAGGAAGUGAGAUGACAUUGUCAGCACACUUCCAGGUAUUACAUCAGUGACUUCUGGCGGAGCGAUUACUAGUAGUUCCUCUACAAACUGGUAAACAUAACUAGAGUACACAUGCAGGUGUGUGAGGCUUUAUGGACUAAAUUUCAUUCUGCAAAAUACAUUAACAAAUAAAAAUGUUUAUACUGGAUUCUGAUAGUGAAGUCGUUAAUAGUAACCCACAAAUAAGAAUCACCUAAUUAUCCAUGAAUUUGCUAAAUAUUUUCCUACACCUAUUUAUUUCAAACUGGAAUAUUUAUUUUCUCUUCUAGAAUCUUUUUAUGGGAUCUGAUAGAGGUAAGGACUAUUUUACACAGACUUUAAUAUGUAGAUUAGUGGUUGUUAUCUUUUUACAAACCAGUUGCAACUGGAAACUGAUUUCUCAGCCGAGUCCUGCUAAUAUUAGGCUUUCAUCCGGUGAUUACUCUUAAUAUCAGCUGUCACUUCAGUUGGAAAUCACUUUCUGAGAGCUAGCUAAAAGCUUGAAAUGGUGCCCCGUCAAGGAACAUUCCCGGCACCAUAACAACCUCAUCUAAAUGAAGUUGUUAUAGUGCCCGCAGGUCCUUGACCCCAUCUUACCUCUUACCCUUUUCUUCCAUUUAAGUACUCUUCUUCAGUGAGGAAGUGUCGGGCUGGGCGACAGUAAAAGACUAACGUCCAAUUGAAAAUAAAUGUGUGAAAAUGUACCAUUCAUAAUCUAUUCAUAAGUGGUUUAACCUAUUAAGGUAGGACAGUGACCUUCAUUUACAUAAAGUUGCUAAUUAAUUCUGUUCCUUUUUGUUUUUGAAGACCUUUACCUAUCCUUUAAUGGAAUGUACCGCUUGCUUAGCAGUAGCAAUUCUGUACACUUAUGAUCCUUUUUUUUUUUUUUUAAAGAAGCAGGACGUUCUAGUUUGUAAUCGUACAUUUAAAGCCCAAAUUGUUAUCAUUACCUAGACCAGGUCAUCAUAUUGCCAUAAAGUUUUAAGCAAUCUUCGUUUUUAUAAAAGUCAAAGUUACAUUAAAAAACAAGGCUGCUGAGAGUCAUAGAUAUGUCAACCUUUAGAUAAUUCUAUGUGCCAGUCAGCUAGCAAUAAGUGGUCUGUGUGGUUUGAAAUGCUUUUUUUUUUUUUAUCUUAGUCAAACCCACAACACCAGGAUCAGCAGUGUCUGAGAAAGUGAGGACUAGACUUGAAGAACUUGAUGACUUGGAAGAGGUCAGGAAAUGUCCUUUUUUUAAAUUAUUUUGUAUUUAUUUGUAAAAAAUGUUUUAACGGAUCACCAUGCAGUCCAAAUAUAGAAAGUAUUUGAAAUGUGACUUUAAGCCCUACCACCACAAAUCACCAGCGUAUUGUUUAAUGAUUAAUUCUCUCUCUAAAACCUAGCUUUGUAGUAUUUAAACGACUUGCAUAAGGUGUCAUGCUUCCCGCUCCAGUCUUUUUUUUUUUUUUUACCUCCUUUUUCCCUUCAUCAAUAUUUUAUGCUUUUCAUCUCCUUUCUCACUAUUCCUAUCUGUUCUUUCCUUUUUUCAAAUUUCUCUGGUUUGAUGUUUUUUCCACAGUCUCUAAUCUGUCAUUAUUUCUUUUUGUCGCUUAUAAUCUAGUGUUCCAUAAACCAAUCCCUCUGGUCCAGAAUUGUUUUAUUUCUCUAUAACCGCCUUUUUCCCCUUAUUUCUUUCUCUCAUAUAUCAUUUCCUUAAACUCUUAACUUUUCAUUCUUUUUUUCAUUUACUAUAUUUCUGUCACUCACAUUGGUUUCUUAUGCUCAUUACUGCCCGCUAACUAUUCUUCCCCUCCCCAAUUUUAUUUCUUCUUUCAGUUUUCCCCCCAUAUCUAUUCCUCAUCUAUCCAUAAACUCCUAUUUCUGUUACCAUGUUGUUUCUUUCCUAAAUUUCUAGUGUUUCAUGUCUGUUUAAUCAGACCUUCUUCUGCCUGGUGUUUUAAACAUAAAUAUCCAAUAUAUCUGUACCUCCCCCUGAUUACUUACCAUUUCUGACUUAGAAUGGGAGCACCCACAGGGGAGGCCCAGUGGAUCAAGACUCAUGAUGUGUGGCAUUGGCCUCUUUUUGCUCACGUAGAAACAUAGAAUGUGACGGCAGAUAAGAACCAUUCGGCCCAUCUAGUCUGCCCAAUUUUCUAAAUACUUUCAUUAGUCCCUGGCCUUAUCUUAUAGUUAGGAUAGCCUUAUGCCUUCAGCUGGAAGGCUAUUACAUGCAUCCACUACCCUCUCAGUAAAGUAAUACUUGAUAUUACCUGAUAUUAUUUUUAAACCUUUGCCCCUCUAAUUUAAGACUAUGUCCUCUUGUUGUGGUAGUUUUUCUUCUUUUAAAUAUAGUCUCCUUCCUUACUGUGUUGAUUCCCUUUAUAUAUUUAAAGCACCACUAUAGUGCCAGGAAAACAAACUUGUUUUCCUGGCACUAUAGUGCCCUGAGGGUGCCCCCACCCUCAAGGCACCCCUCCCACCAGGCUGAAGUUGGAGGAAGGGGUUAAACACUUACCUUUCUCCAGCGCCGGGCUCCCUCGGCGCUGGGGACUCUCCUCCUCCUUCCGAUGUCAUCGACUGAAUGCGCAUGCGCAGCAAGAGCGGCGCGCGCAUUCAGUCAGUCAAUAGGAAAGUAUUCUCAAUGCUUUCCUAUGGACGCUGGCGUCUUCUCACUGUGAAAAUCACAUUGAGAAGCGCGGAAGCGCCUCUAGCGGCUGUCAGUGAGUCAGCCACUAGAGGCUGGAUUAACCCUAUUGUAAACAUAGCAGUUUCUUUGAAACUGCUAUGUUUACAGCUGUAGGCUUAACUCUAGAUGGACCUGGCACUCAGACCACUUCAUUAAGCUGAAGUGGUCUGGGUGCCUAUAGUGGUCCUUUAAAUGUUUCUAUCAUAUCCACCCUGUUAUGUCUUUCCUCCAAGCUAUGCAUGGUAAGUUCCUUUAACCUUUCCUGGUAUAACCUUUCCACUGGAUUAAUAGAGUCAAACCUAUAACAUUGUAUUAUAUCCCAUCCUAUAUACGUAGCAUGAAACCUGUGCCGUUAGUACAUAAUACAUUAUGUUAUGCAUCCUUUGUGUGCCUUGAGGAGGAUGUGCCUGGCUGUUGAAUCCUCAGAUCUUCCUAAUCACCACAUGGCUGUACACUAUGGCCAGCUUCCCUUCAGCUUCAUCAGUCCCAAAGAUUGCCUAAUGGGAGAUCCAGUUCUAUGAAGUUGCAAGUGCAAUUUCCUGAACUGGGCUUGGGAUUUUCGCAGUUAACAGACAGUAUUAUGUUGAUUGUUUUUGCUGUUAUUUAUUAGAAAUACCCGCGUAGUCUGAGUUGCGAUAUUAUGCUGAGUGAACAAUUCUUGUUUGUAUAUCAGGAUAUGCAUUUGACCAUUUGCAUUUACCCCUCUGUGCAGGGAUCGCAAAAAGAACUCUUGAAUCUGACUCAGCAAGAUUACAUUAGCCGAAUUGAGGAGCUGAACCAAUCUCUGAAGGAUGCCUGGGCCUCUGAUCAAAAAGUCAAAGCACUGAAAAUAGUCAUACAGGUCUCUAGACUUUGCGAAAUUUUGUUACAAAGCCAACACUCUAAUAUUUACUCACAAAUAAGAGUGGUGCCUUGUUCUAGGUCCCUGUAAAAGAUCCACUAGUCAAAUGCAGGGAAAGAUAAUGAUGAACUUAGCAACACCAAAACGUUAACAUGACUGCUGUUGCUUUCACCCUCAUUGUGAACCUGGCAACAUAUCGACAUGUAACAGACUUUGUCAAGCCUUGACACCGACAGAAACACGUUGAAAUAUGAGUGUUGCAAAGUUUGUCUUUUCCCGAGAUCUAGACUUUGACCGAGACAUACUAAGAUUUGGGUUCUUGGCUUUAGACCACUCCAGUGUACUAUUAACCUGCUUAUGUCAGACACAGUACAUUUGGAUAAAUUUAUGUUUAUUUGUGAAAUUAUUAUUACUCUGGAAUGCAAAACAAUGCCAUUUAGUUUGUUAAAUAUACUGCAUUAAUUUGUGAUUUUUUUUUUUCAUGUUUUUAUAAAAUUAGAAAUCUAUAUUUUUUAUUAAUAAUUUUGAAAAUGGAAGGAAUGGUAUGAGAAAAUACUUAUUUUAUUGAAAGGCUAUGCUCGGCUAUUCAUUAUUAAUGUAUUUAAGGGUGUCUUGAAAUGCGGAUUGUAAGGUAUUACGGAAAAUAAAUACAUGGUAUUCAAAAAUACAGACACACAGUUGGUUUGUAACUGUAUUUAUACUUUGCUUUUCUGUGAAAACUGAAUAAUAAUUUCUAAAGACAGGACACUAUUAUAAACAGUAGCCUGUAAUUUUGAAGGUUUAGUUAUACCUCAGUUGAUCUAUUUUGUUUGAAAGUUUUUGUUUGUUUUUUGUUUAUUUUUAUUAUUUUGUAAGUCACAAUUAGCAUUUUCUCAAAACAUGACAAUCUGUAUAUCUUCAUCUCCUGUUCCAGUGUUCAAAGCUCCUGUCAGACACAACAGUGAUCCAGUUUUACCCGAGCAAAUUUGUCUUGAUAACGGAUAUCCUUGACACAUUUGGUAAGUUUAAAAAAAAAAAAAAAAUGUUUCUAUCUGUUAUAUCGAGGUCCUUGAUGUGACGAUUGCUAAAACAUAGCAAUAACAAAAUAUUUGUGGAAUACAAACUAGCCUCUAAAAAGAUUUUAAAAGCACAAGUUAUAAAUAUACCAAUUGGGGAACCUUUAGCACUUUCGAAAACUGUAAUUGGUUCUGUUUAAAUGUUGUGUUGAGUGUUUUACCUGGCACUACACUUUUGUAUGAGGAUGAAGACUGUUCCAUAGUAAAACAUCAGAACUGUAAUUUCAUUACCAUUCUUCUGUAGAUGGAAUUCUAAUUUUCUAGAAAUAAAAAAACAAAAACAUUUUCUUGUAUAAAUCUUUGUGUUAGAAACAAUAUAUAUAUAUAUAUAUAUAUAUAUGUAUAUAUGUAUGUAUGUAUGUAUGUAUGUAUGUAUGUAUGUGAAACACAAACACCGUCUUAUGAAAAUAACCCCUGAUUGGUGCUUUCACAUGGUACAAAACCUCAGCUUUCCAUGUGGAUGGUUCUCAGGUACCCCAAGAUCCCAUAUAGUAUAAAUGUGGAUCGCUUUGUGGACUGGCAUUGAAAAGCGGGGCUCUAAACUUACUCUGAGCAGCCAUUAUUGAACAAAAGCUGAAAUUAAUAUAAAAUUGGUAGGAAGGGGGGGGCUACUAAAAGUAGAUCAUGCUAGACGCAUUUCGUGCAUAUUCUACACCUUCUCAACAUUAAAUCUUGUGCCAGUACUCUAGAAUGAUUGGGUAUUCACAUCUGAAUUAAAGUAACAAUAUCAGUACCAUAUUGGAGAGCAGUGCAGUUUACUGUUCUAUUGUGUGGUGCUAAAAGGCAUAGGAAUAUAUUUAAAAAACAAAUGUAGAACUGUGUGACUCUCUCACCACUACUUGAUGCAUUGCAUUAAUGAACCUUAAACGUUGAGUAAAAAUCAUGGUUUAGAACUUAAGAAACCGGAUUUUGAGCAGUAAUCGAGAAGUGGAGUGCAGGUUCACGUUAUCUCAGGGUAAUUUUAGUUUUUUGUUUAUUUAUUUGUGCAGGUGACAUUGAAUGUAAAAACUCCCAGUAUAUCAAUUUUUAAUUUGUUCCUCCUGACAGCACGACUAAACCCCCCUACAAAAAUAGAAGUCUGUCUGGAGACCUUAUAUUCAGAAGGGCAUAGAUAAAUAGACUAGAGAAUAUACAAGAAGGGAUUUAGGGAAACUAGAAUGGUCACAGUCUGCACAAUAAAAGCCGCAAUAGUUAUAUCUUGGCUAUACGAGUAUGUUAGGGAAUGUAACUUCACUUCGAUGCAGAUCAGGGGCUUACAGCACGCCGCAUCUUGAAACCCAGAUUAACCUAAGCAACCCUAAUCUUACACAAAGGCAUUGUCAUAAAUAUGUAAACAUGUUCGAAAUAGUUAAGACGAGUGCCCAAACUUUACAUCGCUUUACUACUUCAAUAGAUCGAUUGAAAUAUAUUCUAAAACUAUCUAAGCUGCCAAACUUUUCUUGUAUUGUUAUACUUGUGAAUUGAACAUACAAAUUGUUUUCUAUUCCUGAACAACAAGGUUUCAGAUAUGUAAUGCAUUGUAAUACCGCUAUAUUCACUCGUCAUUUUGCACAGUUCCAAAGAAGACAUGUAUCCACUGUUUUCUUGUCUUGCAGGGAGACUUGUAUAUGAACGAAUAUUGUCGAUGUGUUCAGAUAACCGUACCUCCUUACCAGGUAAUUAAAUACCGAAUGAGUUUUUCAUUUACAUCAUUGUGUAUGUUUAAUUCUUCACUGUAGAUACGCAUGUAUCCUCAUCUUGGCUUUUUUGUAGAUUGAAAUAUAUAAGAAUUUUAAAACGUUUAAAAUUGUUUUGUUUAUGUGCUAUGCUUUUGUAAUUUGUGGUGACCUAUGGUUUUGGCUUGCUUUUCUUCUUCUUCUUUUUACAAAAUAUUUUUUUGUAUUUUAUCAGCAAACUUCUCUCCAGACAGCGUGAAUGAUACGGCUAAGGAAACCUGCUUAAAUUGGUUCUUCAAAAUUGCUUCAAUUAGGGAGCUUGUUCCUAGAUUGUAUCCUUUUGUGCAAGUGCCAUGUGGUAUUCAAACCUUCUUUAAACAUGUAUUUAAUUCCAAUACAUUCAUUUUCUGCAACAUCACCCAAGUUCAAAUCUUGUUCAUUCACCUACAAUAUUUUAGAAAUUGGGCAAUGUUCCCAGAUCAGAUUCCAAUAAACGGCGUAUAGAUUCAGAUUGUGAGGAGAUAAAGUAAGGUACAAAUAAACCGAUUUUUAAAGCUGAUGAAACAAAUAAAGAUUUUUAAACGCAAGCAGUUUGCAAAGAAAAGCGACAAUUAAAGGCAAGCAAAGUAAGGAUCGUAACCGAUACAGGAGAGUUAUGUUGCUAAUAAGAAUGAUUAUAAUUCCCCUUUAAUCAUAGUCCAUCAGUUUCCUUGAUGUAACUCAUUUAUAAUAAAGGCACAACAAGGCCAAAAUUAAUCCUAGAGGUCAUUGUGGAAGAAUGGGGAUUUGUGAGUAUUGGCACCAUGGAGAGAGUUGCUUGAGAGUUGGUAAUUGGAUAUAAGCCCUUGCGAUGGAAGUUGGUUUAUGAAAAUGUUAUGAGAGCUCUGGAUCAGGGUUGGCAUAUUUUUGGACAUGCUAGUAACAGUGUGUGUUUGUCAGGUGUCGUGCUCCGCGAGCGGUGGCUCCUGGCGACUUCCAAUGCCCGCUCGCUGCAUCUCACUUAAGCUUACCGCUCGUGGCAGGCUUACAAUGACCGCGCGCUGCUCGCGGCAUCUCCUCACUUCUGCUUACCGCUCGCGGCGGCUUCCAAUGCUCGAGGCUGUAUCCAUUCCCCCCAGUAACCUUCUGGACGUGCAGCGUGUUUAAAUAGGCACCCGAGUCAGUCACCUGACUCGGCACGCAAUAGUGACAUCACAGGUUAAAGUGGGAGGUACAAGUACCUCCCACGUGUGAUAAUUAACUCUGAUUGGAAGUUAGCCAAUCGGAAUGGCCCUAAGCAAAUAUAAACUUACCUUUCCCAUGUCACCUUGCCCUGUUGUGGUCUUUGAUAGCCCAAUAGCGCGUUAUACUGUGUCUAGUUAUCUGGUUACCUAACUUUGGCUUGUCUCACGUUUUCUCUGUCUUCCUUGAUCCUUCACCUCGACUUGUCCUUUUGUAUUCCUGUUGUCCUCUGUUUUCCUUGAUCUCGGCUUGUACUCUGACUACUCUCUCUCUCUUUUGCAUAGCCUGGCCACUCUAAGGACCGGUAUUGCAAUGCUGUAUGUCUGUGAUCUGUCUUCUUGUUUAGGUUCCCCAGAUAACCAUGACAGUUGGAGUAUCUGAGUUUUAACAUGGGAAUUUGGCAUGUUAGGCAUGUGUGCAUGAUUAAUGAUAUUGGAACAGGUGGCUGUAUUAUAAGAAUUUAAUAUGUUUUGGUGUUUUCAGUUUUCCUUUCAUUAUGUUCCUUGAAUCAUUUUCAUUACAUUACCUCCCACCACCUGUUUUUUUUUGUUUUUUUUAACCUCAAAAUUUGGGAGCCACCAUUUUGUUUGUCCCUUUCCAUGAUAUGUGUUUUAUGCUUCUGUGGAAUUCUUUUAAAUGAUUGAUUCUGGGUAAAUUAGCUUGGCAACUGAAACGUAAUUUUCCCUAAAGUCCACGCUUUGUCAAAGAUCCACACUCCCCAUUAGAAAAAGUAGCACUUACUUUAUCUCAUGUUUUACAAAAAAGGUGACUUUAAAAAAAAAAAAAAAGCGUGGGGAAUUAAAGGGGCAAAAAAACAAAUAAUUUAAAAAUAAAAAAUUACAAUAUGACAGUGCCGCUUUAAGUAAAUGGCUGAGGAUAUUAGGUGGUUUAAAAUGUGUAUUAUUUUGUUAUGGGAGAGGAAAAAUAGGCCGUUUAAAAAACAAUGUGUAGCAGGAAUGAUGAGUUAGUGUGUUUUCCAUUGCAGUCUUAUUAACAACCUGGUUUUGAUUUGCAGUAGUGUCCAUAUAUUCAGUUUAUGAUGGUGAUAAGGACAUUUUCAAAGCCUCAAUCGGUUUCUCCCAUGUUAAGUUGUAACUGUUAAUGGAAUAUCCUCACCCUGUUGCUUAAUCUCCUUGUGUGCUGUUUAAAUGUUCUUAACGGCCAUUUUAUCCAGCUAUGUGGAAGCGGCCAUACUGAAAUGCAACAAAUUUCUUUCUAAAACGUAAGCAAUACUAGACUGUAGAACUCCUAUUUCAAUUUUGACUGUCUUUAAUGUAAUUAAAUGGGUCCACCUCUGUGUUUCCUUUCCUUCAUGUCAUUGUCUUCUGCUUGUAUUGAUCUCCUCUCCCAACCUCCAGGAUGGUCCCAUCACUGAUGCAAUGAAAAAUCUCCUACUUUUCACUCUAUGGAUUUUAUGAAUGUUAUUCAUGGAAAUCUGUUCCCUUCUGGAUAUGCUGUGCUUUUAAAUUUGUGUUCUAACACCCAACUUUCUUUAUACUAGGAGCUCAUUUUAGCAUUUUACUUACGUGUCUGGUCUCCCCCUCUUUUUGUAUCCCAAUAUCCUUCCACUUUAAAACAAUUCUAAUGCGCUAUCUUUGUAUAUUCCUUACCAGGGGAAUAUCUGAGAGUCUUCCGCGACUCACAUCCAUGAUCAAAGGGGUGGGCGAUCCUCUUGUAGCGGUUUAUGCCAGAGCGUAUCUGUGCAGGGUAAUAAUACAUAUUGAUUUUGUGCAUUUGUAUUUAGUUUUGGAAGAUUUCCCAAAAUGAAUCCCCCUUGUAAAUCUUGUGUUACAGGUUGGCAUGGAAGUAGCUCCUAAUGCCAAAGAAAGUCUCAACCGGAACUUUUUCGACUUUUUGCUCACAUUUAAACAAGUAAGGGAAACAAAUACUUUUCAAUAUUAUUAGAACAUUGUACAACGCAGAAUGUAAACCUUUCUUAUCUGGCUAAUGACAUCUAAAAUAAAAGUAGGCAUUCAGACGCCACUAAACCAUUUCAAUUUUUAUUUUUAUUUUUAAAACCUAAGCUGGUUAUAUUGGAAAAAUAUCUAUAAACAACAGUUGAAACAAAUUAGGAUGGGAAGAGGAUGAGUAAGAAUGUAUGGAGGUAAAUAAUGAAUUAUUUUAGAAAAUAAUUCUCUUAUAGCAUUUGUUUACUGAAAAUUAUAAUAACAAAGUAUUUAACCAGGAAAGGUACAUUCAGAUUGCUCUCGUUUCCAAGAACGUCCCGGGGAUGUUACCUUAGCCCAACAUCCACGGGUUGUUACUAUUACCAAUUUAAUGGUUAAAGGAAUAAAUAUAAUGGAGACAUUCAUUCUGUUUUAGUUGUAUUAUGUAGCGAUUAAAGUUCUAUCAUUAUUGUGAGUUUUAUCAAACUUUCAGAAGUAAGCAUUUUGGAAAAUUUUAUUACACAUGAAUUUUGUUGAAUAUGUAAUAGAAGAUGCAGCCUGUUUCAUAGUUCUUGCUUUUUUUUCCCUCUAUUUAUUAUAAUGCUUUUGAGAACUCAAUCUUGUUCCCAUUGUAUGCAAAUACAUCUAUUAAUUUAACAGAGCCUUUGGUAAACACGAUGUUGCCAUGACAACAGAAGCAUGUAGUGGGCUUAAAUGGGCACAUAGGCUGCCCAGGUUGGCUAAAGUAGACCUGCUUAGAUUAAAGGAUGAUUGGAGUGGAAAAUUGCUUUUUGGUUACUUUAAGAGAAAGAUAAGCGUAAAUAAACAAUGAUGAGAGUCCAUUUACGAAGGAUGCAAGAUGGGUCCUUCCUAAACCCACCUUCUAGUGUGAAGCCACAUGCAUUUUUAGAAUGAGGUGGACAAAAUCGUUCCUGUACAUAGUGGGUUGUGAAAUGAGAUCCUGCAGCCAUUUUCUUCAAAAGGCAUAAUUAACAGCAAUGAUGCCAGAUAGCAAGUGUGCAACAAUGAUAUAUCGGUAAUGAAGGUGCCUCUUCCACUCGUCAUUGUACGGCCUUUGUGUGUCUUUGCAGUCAGGGUAGGUAGAAGUCUGAAUGGAAACUCACAAUACUUUAAACACAUGUACCACACCAGCAGAGUUAUUCACCCAAGUGAGAAUUCAAGGUGAAUUCAAAGCGAAUCUCAAAUUUAAGGUCAAAAUAACUGAACUGAAAGAAAAUCUAUAUGUCAGCUAUGCUUUCUGUUUGGAUAAACUGGCCUUAAAUCUGAAAUUCUAUUUGAAUUCUCACUUUAGUAAAUAUUGUACAUGUUUUGGAUUCUCUUACUUAUCAGGAUCUUCUCGAAUUUAUUGAUUUAAAAAAAAUUAACAGUCCCUGAAACAGCUUGUUAUCUUCUAAUACUGUAAAAUAGAAACAUAGAAUGUGACGGCAGAAAAGAACCAUUCGGCCCAUCUAGUCUGCCCAAUUUUCUAUAUACUUUCAUUAGUCCCUAGCCUUCUCUUAUAGUUGGGAUAACCUUAUGCCUAUCCCACGCAUGCUUAAGCUCCUUCACUGUGUUAACCUCUACCACUUGAACAAGGUUAAAAUGAGUAGACAAUGAGAAUUAAACUGAUUUCCCAGAUCUGCUUUUUUAGGUGUUUUUUUUUUUUCCAUUCUAUCCAUGUAGUUAAUUCUCUAUUACAUUUGUUCUACCUUCCUCAGAUCCACAGUGACACAGUACAGAACCAGCUGGCCGUGCAGGCGGUGGAAAUCCCAAUUUACCUUACCUUGUACUCCCCAGCUAUAGAUUGGAUAUUGCAAUGUAUUGCUUACCGUGCUCCAGAGGUAAAUAUUUAUUGAUGCAGCAUGUUUCAUCGAUGUUAUGGAGUGACUUUGUCUGAACAUGAGUGAGGGGUGGUAUAGCUAAAAAAGAGAACUAUAGAUCCACAGGUAUUUAGUCCAAAACAUCUGGAGUACCGAAGGUUGUCUAUGCCUGCUCUAGAAUAUACAAACAUGUAUUCCUAGUACUUGAUUGUUAUUAUAGCUAUUUAGACUCAUGCCCCCCGUUAAUUUUACUUCUCUUGUUACUUCUGGCUUGCCAAUCUCUCUGCAGCCUCCCCCCUCCUUCUCUGGCUGAGAUCAUCACCACUGAUUCGAUGCUUCCCUGUAGGGAGGCUAUUGCUUUGCCUAUCAGCAUCUCCUCAUAGAGGAGCAUUUCUAUGGGGAGUGUUCACACAGGGUAGCUGAUUACUAUCAGUGUUUUAGGGGAACAAGUUCAAAAGCAAUCCACUCUUGCAUUCAUUCCAGGAACAGAAGCGAAAUGGGAUUUGAAGUUAAAGAUCUUGUUCUCUACCACUGAUAUAUACAAGGCCAUAGUGUCUGAUCUACUAUUUGUAUUAUUAUUUAGUUUUAAUAUUAUAACCUUUUAUUAAUAAAGAAACACUGUACAGUGAGUACAGGUAUAGUUCAAUUGAGAAAUCUGGAUACAACAGUUGCCCUGAGCCGCGAGAAUUAUAUUAAUUAUGGCUGACGAGGAAAAAUUGUGUAUUUUAUGUAUUUUAUGUAUGUGCAUGGUAAAGGAUGCUUUUGACAAUCACUUUUUCCUCUAGAUGGCAGUGGAGCAGAAUAAGAGCUCAUAAGCCGACUAUUCUUUGAAAAGACUUUAUUGGAUGGUACAAUGACAUAAGUAGCAUGCUCCCUGUACCUGCUGCCUAAGUCCCAUUUUACAGCAGCAUGUGCUAAGCCACAAAAAAAAAAAAAAUCAGUUUAUAGUUUGUGUCCAUAAUUCACUGUGUUUCAGCCUCAACCUUUUUCAUAAAAAACAUUUACACCAAAUGUUCUACUUGAUGAUAGGCUUAACGCAAGGAAGAAUAAUUGGCUAUUUCCUGCACAGUUGAGAUGUCCUUUUUUUUAAUUUAUUUUUUUAACACAAUCUUUAUUGACAAGUACAAUGUGCCCAAAUCAUUGUAAAAGUCUAAAUGGUAAUGUGAAUGAGAUGGUAACAUGAACAUACUCAAAGUAGCUAAUUAUUAUUCAUAAGAACCUCUGUUGUUUUGCAUGACGUUAUUGUAUGGCUGGUAAGAAAUACUGUGUUUGGUCUCUGCACUUUUUUGAGGAGUGCUUCAACAAUGAAUCCAAUGAACAACCCUAUGUAUACCCAAUGUAAUCUGUUUUUUUUUUUUUUUUACCUUCUUCAUGUGCAGGACGCAGGGGUUAGCUGUUUUAAAGCAGCAUUCUUAACUUUUUUUAUUUGUUGAACUGAUAAAAAAAAAAAAUGCUUAGAGGGAACAAUUACAAAGAUUUAAAAAUUGGUUCAGUCCGAAAAUCUGAAUGAAAAUAGAGGAGUGUUUCAUUACACUAUAUUGUACUUUGCUUUAAAAUUCGUGGGUUGUAUUUUUUUUCCUUUCUAAAAUUGAUGUUAAAACUUUACGAUUAUUGUUAAAUGUGAUGUGUUCAUUUUUCUGCACUUUUCAGUGUAUGUAAUCUGGAUGUUGAAAGCGCAAAUAAAGUGUUAUUUUAGUAUCACUAUACUUUGAUGUUUGCUAAUCCUCGUUAAUGAUAUUCUAGGCCCUGCUGACCGAGAUGAUGGAACGGUGUAAGAAACUUGGAAAUAAGUAAGUAUUGCAUACGUGCCUCCAUGGAUAUACAACAAUAUACACAAAUACAUAUAUAGUUGUUUUUUAAUAAUCGCCUGGUAGAUCCAUACAACUGGUUCUUUUACUUGUUCUACCAAAGCGAGGGAGUUGAAUGUGCUUUUAUUGAAGAUUGUAUAGCUAUGAUGUCUAGGUGAGUGACCAUAUCCACCAAAUUUUCCUGGACAUUAUUGAAUUUCCAGUCUUCCCUUCUACAUAUGACAGACUACGUUUACCAUAAUUCCCUGCCAAACCGCUUUAGUAUGACAUUUAGAAGGCCUCUGUUCUCGAUCUUGACUUUACACUAAUAGCUGUGAAUAUUGCGUCUCAGAAUUAUCACAACGUGAAAUUAUAAUCCAGGAAAUGGUCAGUUGAAUUAGGCAUGUUUACAAGGUUUUAAAGUUUGAACUGCAAAUGAUUGCCUGUCACUGCUCUCACUUUUUCUUCUCCACCGCAGACUCUGUUAAAUAUCCUUCAUAGAUUGGCAAGUUUUGAUUGCCAAUCUAAAUUGGACAAAAUGUGGUAGUUUAACUUUAAACCCAAACUUUCCAGACUUGAGCAGAUGCAUUCAGUCACAAUAUACAUUGCUAAUGGAGAAUUGCAAAGUCCAAGCAAGGGACUCUGAUGCAGGCAUCUGGUAGUUCCUCUGUUUGUGUCAGACCACUUGAAAUUGGUUUGAUGCAGAACUGGGGUGGGAUGGUGCGAGUAACCUACUAGCUUCAUAACUAGUGAUGUCCCGAACGGUUCGCCGCGGACGGCAAACAUAAACAUAAACUUUGACCCUGUACCUCACAGUCAGCAGGCCCAUUCCAGCCAAUCAGCAGCAGACCCUCCCUCCCAGACCCUCCCACCUCCUGGACAGCAUCCAUUUUACAUUAAUUUUGAAGCUGCAUUCUUAGUGAGCUGUCCAGGAGGUGAGAGGGUCUGGGAGGGAGGGUCUGCUGCUGAUUGGAUGGAAUGUGUCUGCUGACUGUGAGGUACAGGGUCAAAGUUUAUGUUUAUGUUCGCCGUCCUCGGCGAACCGUUCGGGACAUCACUAUUCAUAACCACUACAAUUGGUUGUAGCGUUUAUGGUGCUUAGACUGCUCCUUGAGACUGUCUUAAUGAUGACCUGUGAUUAAUGUGCUCUGCGUUAGAAAAUUUAUUUUUACUCCCAACAGUAUUCGGUUAUGUAAAUCAGAAUUGCAUCUUUUCAGAAUGUUUUAUUUUUCCAUUAUUCUUUGGCAUAGUGGAUUAUGUAUACAUUGUGGAGUUUUCGUGGAAACCUGUAGAAUUAAUCUUUUCUGCGAUCUGAAAAAAGACAGCUCAAUCAGUCAAACAUACAUGGAUCGUUUAUUUUGUGGCCAGACAAGUAAAGGCCAAUAAGUUAAACCGUUCUCAUGGAUUGGCCAACACCAUCCUCAUAUAGAGGAAAACAUAACGUUAAAGAGCAAGAAGACGACUUCUGCUAUGCAAACCCAAAUUACAAAUGUAUUUUUCAUCUAUAGCAAUAUUAGGGGUGGCGUAUGGAAAUGUUCAUUAUUUGUUAACGCAUAAGCCUUGUCUUGAUUUAUGAUUGCAGAAUUUUUGACCUAAGCAUUCAACAAGGGACAAUCUGUGCAUUUGCUCUACAGCUUAACAUGUUAUGAGAUAUGCCCGCCCUAGUAACAACUGAAAUAGUAUGUAGAUAUUUUUCAGGUUGCUUCCAUAUUUAUUGAACUUUUCCUUAUUUCCCCAGUGCUUUGCUGUUGAAUUCUAUCAUGUCUGCCUUUAGAGCAGAGUUUAUUGCUGCAAGAUCGAUGGACUUUAUCGGCAUGAUUAAAGAAUGCGAUGAGUCUGGGUUCCCCAAGGUAUUUUCACUAAUCGCUAUGACCCUGUUCACAGUGACUCACAGAGAUACAUUUUUAACUUUACAGCCAAGAAUCCCCUUGAUUGAAAAAAAAUAUGCUUUUCUUGCCAAAAUUCCACACAUGCUCUUAAUUAGGACUGUAUCCCAGCUUGCGUGUGAUAAUGUGAGAUACAUUAUCGUUGGUGAAAAGCAGGAGUUGAAGUUUCAGAGAAUAAACCUAUUUUUUUGCUCCAUAGAUACAGUGUAUCUAAAGACCUUUGUGAAGCAAUGUUUGGCCAUAACAUAAUACAUAUACAAAUUCUUCAUUAAUGAUGUAAGGCCCUUCACCAAACUUUUCACCUUACAUGUAAAGAAAACAUGUCUUCGCAUGGAUAACGAGGAGGUCCCAUGAUAGCAAGAAGAAUGAGAAGGGAGGCACACGCUAAUAAAAAAGAAUAAUUUUUUGCUGAUGAAAUCAUACACACGUUCCUUUUUAGAAUUCUGGUUAAUAAUUUGUAUGUUUCUUCUACAGAGGAAAAUUUUAUUUUUGUAGAUCACAUUUAAUUAAAAAUAUAAAUAAAAUGCCAACACUCUCUGGACAUAUCCCACACUAUCCUUUUUACCUUACAUGCUUGUUGUGAAAGCUAUACCUUAAAGACUCCCCUGGUGGGUUUCGCUACUUUGUUUUUCUUAAUCAAUUACCUUAAAUAUAUGCAAAAAUAAUAAAUUAAAAUAAAUAAAACAUGAACCACAUUUGAAUGUCAUGUUCAGAUUUCUAAAAUGAGCUUUCUCCACACCAGGAAGUGACCGACAUUUACUGUACUUUCUACUGAGCUUUGCCCAAAGGCAGUGCUUGAUGGACAUAGCAAGGGUUUCUGUGAGUUGUAGUUCAUUUUCCAGCCUUCUGCUGCAGAAAGCGUAUUGCUUAACUACCACUCCCAGAAAUUGAUGGUGAAUACACUGGAAUUUAAAGGAAUCUCAUCAACCAAAUGCCGGAAAAAUGAGUUGGUCAACAUAGAUGUAUUUACUAUAGCAUUUUUGGCAUUUGAGUGGUCUGAUUGUAGUUAAGUGAUUAUGUUACAUAAAGAGUAGAGAUAAAAAAGGGACGACACUCUACACAAGCAGCUAAGAAGACUUAGGGCUAUGGGAUCCAAGGAAGAACAAGGACAUAAUUGCUAACUACUACAUACAUUAUUUGGAUAAUGAAAAUGUUAUUAUAUUGGUUCUUUCAAUUUUGCCAGAAUUAAUGUUUGGGAUUAAGACCAUAAAAAUAGAUAGAGGUUAAUGUUCUUAUUAUAUUCCUUUUAGCAUCUACUGUUCCGUUCUCUCGGAUUAAAUGUAGCUCUGGCUGAUCCGCCUGAGAAUGACAGACUCCAGAUUUUAAACGAAGCCUGGAAGGUGAUCACCAAGUUAAGAAACCCUCAGGUAUUUGUUUUAUAAAAUGAUUUAUAUUGCUAUAUAUUCGGUUUACUAUGGAAAUACCAGUGGCUGUUGGUUUCUUGUCUCUCUGCUCCAUGUUUAAAAGCCCUUGUAUAUCUCUGUUAUAAGUCCAAAACAUAAUAAACUGGUGACCAAAGACAAUGCAUGGGAUGCGUGUUCACAGUGUGUAUUUAAUCUUGGUUUUUAAUUUAUGGUAUUUUUCUGUCUGCAAAUACAAUUUGAACAAAGUGGGUAAACAUCAUUAUUUUAGAUCCCUAUGCUUCUUUUACAUAAAAUUCUACUUCUUUAACUUUUGUAACAGCUAUAGCAGUAUACAGAAUAUAUCCUUUUAUAUUUGUAUUCUAAUCGGUUUUAAAUGUUUAGAAACACAUGAAAACAGAGAUAUUUGGGACUACUCUGUGUCUGCAUAGUGGGAGGAUGAGGAUGAUUUGUAUAGUUCUAUAGUAAUCCAGAUCUGAAAAACCUCAUGUCCAGCAAACCUUUGACACAGCUCUGUUUAUAAAAACACAGAAAUUAGCUCAGCGCUGCCAGCUCCCUCUACUCUUGGUGGAAGCAGUGGUUAUGGUAUUUAGCCACAAUGUAUAAACAAAACCACGUGCCUUUGCUGUUUGUCCAAAAGCAGAUGAAAAGCCAAAUUUUAAGUAAUUUUGAGUUGUGCCGCAAAAAGUAACGUUUGAGAAGUACAAAACAAAACCUUAGGGACCUGCGAACAGGAAGUGGUGCUCCAGAGACUGGGACCAGUACACAUUUCCAAAUAACCAUGCUCUAAUUUAGAAUCCGGGCAUACAAGACAUGGAAAUACAUUUUUAAUAGAGCUAAACAACUAUUCAAAUAAGGGUAUUAACCCCGAAGCGUUCACCACAUAGACAGAGAGUAACCCGCCGCAGGUGGCGAUUAAACACUAGGGCCCCCAGUCGCCCACAUGAUGGGCUAUGCUUGGUCUCCCUGAGCCUCCAGGUCCGUGGCUCGAAGACUUUGGCCCUCAUGCCGGCCUGGGGCCGAAAGGAUGGACUGUACUGCUCCCAUCGCGCCACAACUCGUGUUGCACCACCUGCCCCCUUCAUGAACAUCCCCCACGUGGGCAUUGGCUAAAACUGGACUGGCUGACUGGGGCAAGCUGCCGCCGGCCAUACCAAUGGUACAGAGCCACGACAAAUUUACGGGAUUCAGUGGUCUUCCCCUUGAAUGACUCCGUGAUGUGCAUUACGCAGAUAACCUUUUUGUACAUGCUUAGUUAGUCACGCUUCUUGCUUAACAUGUUUAAUUUACUAUGCAUUUUUAUGUUACAUUAGUAAAUUGCACUAGCAUUGACUCCAGCAACCCUUGCCUGCCACGCGGCAUCGCUUCCUAAGGGCAACAUCGGUAUUAUGUCCAGCACUAUCCCACAUGCUUAGCCUGGAGGGUAGCUUUCUAAUUUGCAGCUAUCUCUACCUCUAACCUAUCAGACAGCAUUACUGUUUAGCAGCACGCUCAGUAUGUUAUGGGAGCUCCCUAAAGCAACUACACCCUGUUGUGCAGCAUCGCAGUCUAGUGGCACUCACAGUAAGGUUACAGUACUGACUAACGUGGAUUUACCUACUACUAAUCUACCUACCAGUCGUUUAUAGGACAACUGUGACAGGUCAAUGUAACCUGAAUUAUUCAUUCUGUCUACUCAACAUAAAAAUGAGGCAAUGCUAAAUGUAGGGGAAUUGCUCAAUACCAUAUGUACGUCUUUGCCACCCUGCAGCUACGCAUCCCUACUGAUGUAUCUUGAGUUUACCUCUAUACCCAAGCCUGUUAACGCUUUACUGUUAUUCUUCAUUUAUUUUAUUUUAUUUCUAUUUUCCUUAUCAGUCUAGAUAGUUAAACUCUAUGUGAGAAUAUGUCAUACUGCCAACCUAGACUUGUAACUGUAGCCUGUGAUAUGCACUAAAACAAAAAAAAAUGAGAUGUCUUUCUUGCACAGAGCAUUAUCCGACUAAUCUUGUAUAUUGAUCUUGAUACCUUGAUAUUCCUUCUGUGUACAACGCUACCAUCUCAAUAAAAGAAAGAUUGAAAAAACAAAACAAAAAAAAAAACAUUUUUUGGACACAAAAUCAAAUUUCUUGCCUAGGCUUUGCUAUGCACUGCUCCCUGCCUUCACUAAUAAUGCCAGAGAUCCAGAGGUUCCUAAGCUUCUGCUAGCUCUCCUGAACUAAGCCGUGCAGUACAGGUCUGGGCUCAUUGGCUGAGAGCCUCAGCUGCUUAGGAACUUCUGUCUCUCCGGUACCCAGCGGACUCCCGGUAAGUUUGACUUCUUAAACUAAGCUGUAGUUGUUAUAGUACUUGGAAUGUUUCUCUAACAGUUAUGUUUUCAAAGUCAGAUAUAACUCCAAAAAAGAAAGGCCUUUUUGAAAUGGUUGUCUCCUUUACCUGGCUAAAUUCCAUUUCCAAGUGUGUUUUUGAAGUCACAUUUCACAUCCAUAAUUGGUUGUGUACUGUGUUGUAAAUUGUACUUCUUCGGUGUGUUCUAUUCUCUCUGCAGAAUCUACUAUUCUACCAUAACUUUUUUUUUCCCCUAAAGCUUUCCUUAUGUUAUUUUUUUGUUUGUUUAGGAUUACAUUAAUUGUGCAGAAGUGUGGGUGGAGUAUACAUGCAGACAUUUCACAGUAAGUGUUGGAUAUUGUAACUGUGUACACAACUAAAAUACAUUUUGUAAUUGAGCUAAUUGUCCCAACAUUUGAAAGGGGUGGAAAUCUAAAUACUCUAAUUUUGCGCUUGUCUUUUUCGUAAUCCUCACCCAUGGACUGCUUUCAUAGAAGAUAAUGUCCUUAGACCUACACGUUAGUCCCACUGAAGCUCAUAGUGAUGUCCCAGCACUCCCCCUGCCUAUUGUUAAUCUGUGUUGUUUACUUUGCAGAAGCGGGAGGUGAAUACUAUACUGUCUGAUGUCAUCAAACAUAUGACUCCUGACCGAGCAUUUGAAAAUGCAUACCCACAGGUAAUUAUUGAAGCAUUGUUUGUACCCCAGUUUUAAUUCCAUUGUUCUGCAUAGUAAAACAUAGCCGUAAGACUCUUGAGAAUGACCAAGAACAGAGCUCUGAAAAUACCAUUGACUAUUGGUAUAAUAUACAAGUAUAUUCUAUUAUUAUGAUUAUUACGCAAAUUAAAGGUCCUUGUUUUUUUGGGAGCUCUUUUUUUUUUUUUUUGAUGGAAGAUCAAAGUCCGGGUUGACCUCACUGAGGAACCAACCUGAGACCCUGAGUAACUGCAACUCGAAUACUAACAACUCCUUAGUCACUUACCCCAGUAAACUCUAUCAAAGAGUUCACUGGGGAGAUCAAUUCAGUUUAGUUACAUACAAUACACAUUUACCUUCUUAGCACCGUGUCCAGGCAGACAUCACCCCAUGAAACUUUUGUCUGAGCUUUUUCAUUGCUGGUUUUGUGACUUGCGCUGGCUUGCCUGACCUUUCAUAGUUCCAGAGUGUUUUGAUCACAGCGCUUGUAGACAUGUAGUCAAUGAUGUGCAUGCUGGGUAACAAGAAAAGUUGAAUAUUAAAGUCAGAUUUUAGAGAUACUGCCUUACAUGCUUUUUUUAUAUCUUUAACUGAUUUGAGCCUCACGCUUGCUGUGAAUAUGAAUCCUGGAGCACUCUUGUGUUUUCAAAAGGCAAUUCUUUACCUCUCCAAAAAAUAAUCAAGAGGACAAAAAAAUAAGUUUGGUCUCAUUAAUGAAAGUGAACAAAGAUCUAAAGCCACACAAGGAUUUAUCACAUUUUUAAUAUAUAUAUUAAUAUUUCUAAGAUGGCUAGAAUUGCAGGGAAAACUAACGCUGGCAGAAGUGUAAUUCUUUUUUUUAUUGGGAUAUAAGUUUCACGGUGGACUGAAACCCAAGGCUAUUUUAUGGUGCGUGAAUAGAAUGAAUAUUUAAACAUUCCAUACACUGAUUAUUAUAUAUACAUAAAGGCUGAGUGUGUGAAAACCACCAAUUAAAGCCGUGAUCUGCCAACUUCCAUGUGCUUCCUUCUAUUCUCCAGCGACAAUACCUCACUAUUUAUUUUCAUUUUCUUUUUACAGCUACAGUCAGUAAUCACUAAAGUCAUUUCUCACUUUCAUGAUUUCUCCAUCCUUUUCUCUGUGGUAAGUAUGUUUUUCAUUUUUAACAUUUAUUUUUUUUUCUCUCCAAAAGUGUCAUUUAUAAAAGUAAACAAAAUUCACGUUUUGCUCGUGUUCUAGGAGAAAUUCCUUCCGUUUUUGGAUAUGUUCCAGAAAGAGAGCGUUCGAGUUGAAGUUUGCAAGCGGAUAAUGGAAGCAUUUAUUAAGUGAGUGUGUUGGCUCUUAUCUUUUGUUGCAUUGUUAUUGUUCUCAGUUACGGAAAAGGGGUUUAUGAAACGGAUAUUAUCGCAAACCUGAUCUGUAAAUUUUUAUUUGUAAAAAAUAUUUUUCCAAUUCAAAAAACAAACAAAAAAAAGCGUAUAUUCAAAGUUAUAUACAGUAUAAGGAAAAGUAGGGACUACUUUUCUUUAUAUAGAACUAACAGGUCUAAAAAAGGGUGCAUUUGUAGUCAAGCUCCAUUGCCUUUGUGAACUUUGUCAUUGGUCCCUCAUUCUAGUACGCGCAUCCCUCGAGUGCCUCAUCAUGUCCUGUUGCAGUGCGUCAGUGCUCUCCAUGCUGACUCUCGCGCAUGCUCAACUAUGGUCAAUGACUGACAUCCGCUGCCACCAUCUUAGAAAAUUAAAGAUGGUGGCACCAAGGAAGAAGACCCGGAGGGGCCGGCGAUCUGUUAGUAAUGUUAAGUAAAGUCCGUUCCUUGGUCUGAAAAUGGCUGGGUGCAUCAGGGGUCACAUAUCGAAAAAUCCCUCGGCUUUAAGCUGAGAGAUAAAUCGAGUGACAGACAGGACACAGAUGGUGAUUUUGUUGGGCAGAUGUACAAAGCAGCGAUAAGUAACUUUUACUCUAGUGAGUGACAUUUCUUGAUUCAGUGUUAUGAGGUCACAUUUCACUACUUUGUCUACUAGUAACAAUACUUUUAUAUAUUUCUUUUCUUUUUGUAAACACCAACUGAUUAUAUAAAAAAAUGCAAAUAUAAGAUUAAUUGCUAUUCAAUGUAUUUGCUUGAUUAGGCACCAACAAGAAGUAACAAAGGACCCCGUUAUUCUCAAUGCUCUCCUUCACGUUUGUAAAACCAUGCACGACUCUGUAAAGUAAGUCUCUGACAUGUUUUUCUUUUGGCUGAUUAUCACUCUGGUCUGGUCCUCUCCAUAAGCAUGUGCAAGGCGUGUGCCCAGGCUCAUGCAUGACCAAACUGUACUCCUAUUUUGUUUCGUUAGUCCUGUAACACACUUCUUGUCUUACUUUAGGUUAGCUUAUUAGAUUAAAGGGAAACAAAUUCUUAAAAUUGAUCGCCUGUGUGUAGGCCAGGGUAUUACUAAAGAGAAAAUGUGUUAUUCUGUGCCUUGUUUAUUAAGUUUAUAUUUGAAGGGAAAUGGUGCACACUUCUGGGUCACCUUUUGUCAUUAAUAUUUAAUUAGUAAGCAUGCGCUACUGCUCUUAGUUAACCAUUGACUGCCUCUGCUGUCUUUUACGCAACACUUACAGAUGUUAAUGGACUAUGUGAUUUCUGAGUCACAUACAGGGCUAGUUGUACUUUUUAUGACUUGUGGGAACUUGCAGGAACAGGUGAGCAAAAGGGUUCAAACCUAUGUUCUGUUUUAUUUAUUUUGCGCUGUUUUUAUUAUCCAAAUCCUACCAGGUUUUUGGGAUUCUAGUAUAGAGAGGUUUUUUUGUAUCCAUGCAUUAUACACUGCUACUUGCACAAUCCUUUUCUUCUUACGUAAGGAAUGACUAGAACUAUAAAUUGUCCAGAACCAUCAAUAUUAAAGUUUCUCAUGUCUCCUUAUUUUUCUAGCAUUUCUGAUAAUGUACAUUGGGGACGUCACCUAUUUUUAUUCCUAUUCUGAUUGUACAUUUCCAAGAUUUCGUUUGACAUUUUCAUAAAAUGACAUAUGACAAAUUGCUGAUCAUAUUCUCUGUAUCCUGAUACAUUUACCUGUUGUCAGAAAGAGUAGUCAUGUAGUCACAUUCACCAUGAUAGUUACAAAGUUACAUAACUGAAAAGAGACAUGCAUCCUUCAAGUUUAGCCUUUCUCACUUCUGUUUUUGCUGUUGGUCUAAAAAAGGCAAAAAAACCCCCCCAAACCCCAGUUUUGAAGCACUUUCCAAUUUUUCAGCAAACUAGGGGGAAAAAUCCUUCUUGACCCCAGAAUGGCAGUCAGAUCUCUCCAAAGAUCAAGAAGCUGUUAGUUACCCCACAAGCAUGAUUCUCGAAAGACCUCACCGAGCAUCAUUAAAAAUAUAGUUCACAAAUAUUUUCGGUUCCUAGGUUAACCAGGGUUGUCAGGUCUUAACAAAAUAUUGUUCUUCUAUUUACACUGUCACAUGCUUUAUGGAACUGGAAAGGUUUAUAUAGACUCUGUUUGUCCACGCAGUGCGCUGACUCUAGAGGAUGAAAAGAGAAUACUGUCUCAGCUCAUUAACGGAUUCAUUCGAAUGGUGAACCUUUUUCACUUUUUUUUUUUUAUUCCUCUAUUUUCACACAGUACUACUGUUUAAUAAAUUGUUGAUCUCGUUAACAUAUUUCCUAUGUUUAACAUCUAUACGGUUUAAAAGGACGUGUGAGAUAUUUGCAUAAACUGCUGUUACACUGCAACCAUUUUAUGUGGCAGACCAGCAUAAGAUAUUUUAUAGGCACUGGUACCCACAGUUAGAUAUUUAGUUUUUCAACAAAUCUACAGAUAUUUAAAAACCUCCCGUCUCUUUCAUGAAAAGGAAAGAAAGCUAGUUUUACUAUAUUUUUGUAGUCAAUUACUUUUUAUGAAACGCUGCAGUUCAAAAACAAGUCAGUAGAUGGCGUGGUGUACCAAAAAUAACAUUUGCUUUUUUUAGACUUGGCAUAUGUUUAUUAUUAUUAUUUUUAUUAUUAUUAUUUAAAUCUGUAGUUCAUCUUAAAAAAAAUAUAAUAUUAAAUGGGGUCUAAUGGUGCUUUAAAAUGGGUCUCGCCCAUCUUCCUGGAUGUGGUUAAUUUUGAGAAAGCAAACAUAAAUGUGAUUAUAUGGAGAUAUGUCUCCUGUCCAGUCUUCUGCCUAUCCCUCUUAGUUUUUAGAGCUCUGGGAUCACAAUAUUAUAUAAAAUUAUAUAAAAAGUUAAUAAUUUGGCACUUUUUUUUCAGUGGGGUUGUUUAAGAUGCAGUCAUUCUUGGAACAAACUCAAGCCAUUAUGACUGACACGAAUUACUAGGCCCAAAUCAACUUACUGAUUUGUCAGUCUUAGACAGACACAUAUUGCAAGAACAAUGUUGAACGUGACCAUGUUUUUUUUAUAUAUAUGUUUUGUUUAAUUAUCUUCUCAAUUCAAGACAUGACUGCCUAAUUGCCUUCUUUUUGUGUCCUAUCUCAAGGUCUCGUUUGGGCGGGAUUUUGAACAGCAGCUUAGUUUUUACGUGGAGGCCCGAUCAAUGUUCUGUAAUUUGGAGCCUGUCCUGGUUCAAUUAAUUCAUGUGAGUUAUUGUUACAAUCCCCAUAGUAUUGGUCUGUUCAACAGCCAAUUUACUUAUUCAGAGAAAUAUGUACUAUCUAAGAUAAUAAAUGUAUUUUUCUUUCUCUUGUGAAUAUGCGUCACUGCUGACAUUAACCAGUUUAUAUAAUUUUAUCCUUUAAAAAAAAUUUGUUGAAAAUGAUGUAAAGUUAACCUCGUCCGCCGACAUGGCUUUUAGCAUAAUUAACUGUGUCACUGUAUACCAUCUUUAAUUUGUUUUGCUUUCAGUGUAAUUUCUUACGUUCAAGGCUUUUCGUUUUAAACGUUUUCCCUCUGCAAGCCACAUUUUGACGACAUGUCAGGCAAAACUUGUUUCCAGAUGAAACCAUGGGAGCUUUGACUUAUAUGUCAUUCCUCUCCUCACAGCACAAAGGACAGGAACCUGAACUAUUAACCCCUUAAGGACCAAACUUCUGGAAUAAAAGGGAAUCAUGACAUGUCACACGUCAUGUGUCCUUGAGGAGUUAAAUUAAUAUAAAUAGCACUGCCCACUCCCUAUCAUGCCGUCAUUUCCCUGUCCUUCACAGUAGUUAAGAAGGACCUGAUUUAGAAGGCCAAUAUUUUACUUGAUGCUCACCAGGCCCAUCCAUUUUCCUAUCUCAUCCUCCUAGAAAAGGCCAAUCACAUUCCACCACAGGAAGUGAAUAAGUUAUUAGAGAUAUUUUUGCCAGAAGCUCAAGGAAGCAAGGUGAAGGGUCAGAGUAGGACCCGUCUAGGGGGGUCUGCCUUGGCGUUGGCAGGCGGGCAUUCCCUCCAGUGGCCAUUGGAGUAACUAAAUGACCUCCAUUUGUCUAAAAAUACAUAGGGAUUAAGGAGAGAGCGCAGGUAACUUUUUCUUUUCUUUGGUUUUUACUAUAUGUAUUAGCUGAUGUGUACUGUAAUCAUUGCUGCUGCCCAGGAGUGAUGGGAGUGAGCACAGGACUUUUCUUUUUGUAUUUGUAUUCACUUUUUGUAUCACACAGCUAGGUUACAAUGCUGCCGCCCAUCCCGUGUGUUCCCUAUUAAGGGUUAAUAAGUAUAUAAAAAAUACCCCUUUCUGUCUCAUUAGAGAUAUUUUUGCCAGAAGCUCAAGGAAGCAAGUUUAAAGGUCAGGGUAGGACCCGUCUAGGGGGGUCUGCCUUUACGUUGGCAGACGGGCAUUCCCUCCAGUGGCUAUUGGAGUAACUAAAUGACCUCCAUUUGUUUAAAUAUACAUUGGGAUUGAGGAGAGAGCGCAUGUAACCUUUUUCCUUUAUGUCCUCACAGUAACUCAUACAUAGAACAUUUAAUGGAGUUCUAUUGAUGCUGGGUUUCACACCAGCUCAUAUACAGAGAUAAUAUCAGUCACAUAUAAUGACGCCAUGUCUUCACACCAGCACAUAUAGAGAGGUGAUCUUGGUCUUAAAUGCUGAUUUAGAUAUGAAAAAAGAUCCAAACAAUCUAUUACCUUCUGUUUUCUAGAAGUAGCCGGCUUAUAUGCUAAAAUGCACACGUAUCAUCAAUAAAUGCCACAUGCCUUGAUAGGAACAAGUGUCUGCGUGGAACAUGUUAUGCAGUGUACUUCAAGCAGUCACCCAGGGAAUUCCUUACUGUGGUAUUGGCCACUUCUCUGUCUUCAGGACUGUGAUAUUUAGGCAGACUUUAUACAGCCAGGAUAACCAUUAUCAGCACUCUUUUGUAAAAUGCAUCAUUAAACUUACCCAAAUGCUCACCAAAAACCUCCUAAAUGUGACCGAUUUGCAAGAAAGAAGCCCAAAUGUAAGCAACAGGGAGGAACUGAAAGAACAGAAAACCAAGUACAUAUAGUCUUUAAGCUAACUUACUAAUGUACUUACUUGAGUUGGCAAACAUUCUGAACUGCCAUGGAGACAGAUGACCUGCUGCAGGCCUGUAUUUAAGCAGAAAAUGUGGAUUUGAACAACUGACAGCCUAAGCUGGUUAAACUAUAGGCUUCCAUCUGCACUCCAUGUGCCAUUCAUCAUCACCAGUGGGGGAAGGUUUAAAACAGACCACGCACAUGGUUGUAUACAUAAAAUACCCAGGUAAUCACGUUCUAUAAAUGCUACUUAUUGGAUCUUUAGGGAAAGAGGGUAAGCCCUGGCUUGGCCACGUGUAUCCAAUGGACUGCUUUCAUCCCCUUCAGGGAGAGAGUUAGGUCAGAACCCCAGUCACUAAAGGAGGUACCCAGGUAGGCGACUCUUACAUCUGUGCUGUUGUUAGGUCCUAAGUGAUUAGAGUCUAAACCCUGGCUGAGCUUACAAUAAUAUUGGCCUGGUGAGCAUAAAAGAAAAAUCUAGGCCUGAGAUUCAUUCCAAAGUGCUGUGAGGGAAAGGGAAAAAAAAAAAAGACUGUCUGAUGGGGAGGGUUAUAGUAAAUAGACGUAUUCAUUGAAUAAGAAAAAAGAAGAAAGAAAGAGGACUAAAAUAAGUCCUCAAUGGGAGAGUAAUAGUAAAGGGGAAGGGGUCCCUACCUUUAAUAAUCCUAAAGGAAAACACAAAUUAAAAAGGACAGAUAGGAGAAAGGAAUAUAAAAUGGUGAACCACCUAGAGACAAUUGCACAGAACAGGUGUCUACUAUCAAAGAGAGACUGCCUGGUAAUUUCUAACCUAAAGGUUGAGCACAUGCAUCCUAAGUCUCAUGGGUAACCAAUCCAGGUGUAUAGAGAUGGCUAGUACACUGAGCCUGUAUAUGGAGGUGAAAAAAGACCCUCUAUAGGAGGAGUAAAAAAUACCCCAAGUGUCCCAAAGAGCAGACUUCCUAUCAAUAGAAGACUUCCUCUAAUUACCUCGGCACUGUGUUGCCACAAGUGCCUACCCGGAUACCUAGUCCCUAUACGUCCUAAAAAUUACAAAGAUUAAAUAACUAAAUCCAUAAGUGCUACCAAAAAGAGGUGGACAAAAAGAAAAUAAUUAAAUAAAAUUAAAUUAGCUCGACGCGCGUUUCGGCGUUUCAGCACGCCGUCGUCAGGAGCAAUAAUUCAUUGAAUAAACUAUUUUGACAUGAUUACACUGAACCAGAAAAUUAAGAACUGUUGUAAUGUUUAUGUUCAUGGUCAGAAUCUUGUAGACCGGAAAUAUCUAAUGCAUUUGUGUACUUUGAUUAGCAAGAUGUAGUUUGAAGUACAUAAUAACCUAAAUGGUGGGAUUCUACAAACUGUAAGAGCAAGCUAAUAUAUGUUGUAUUUCAAAUCCACUCUGGAGUUUUAACUCGGCAGUUCAGCACCUUGAACAUUAACACAAGCCCACUGCCCCACUUAAAAACCUCUAAACUUGUAAAAUGGUUUGCUGUUUAAAAAUCCGUUUGGAUUAAAAUCUGAGAAUUUAGGUAAAGCAAGAACUGCUCAGCAAAUUCCUCAGGGAGAUUCAAGAUAAACCAAUUUGUUCCUGUAUCUAAAUAUCUGGGUCCAGUAAACUCCCCAGCAGCAAACGGAAGUUUUCAUCGGUUCUUUGUUUCUUCAAAUUUCUAGAGUGUGAAUCUUCUGGCCAUGGAAACCAAGAAGGUUAUGAAAGGAAAUCAUUCAAGGAAGACUGCUUCCUUUGUUAGGGUGAGUGCUAUGUGGGUCACCUCUCUCUUGUGUUACAAUUUUUAAAAUGUCUCAAGUACACUUUCCACCACAACCAUAUAAAAUAAAACUUAUCUAACCAUUCAAGAAAUCCAUUUCAUCUGCCUGUCUCUGUCUGUCAAGUAAUACACAGGGUAAAACAUUAUCCUUCCAUAACCUACAUGGCUAGAAUAUGUCUUCUUUAAGAGCUGUUCCUGGGACUUUCACUGCUGUAGGGUUAUUCCCUAGCGUUUCCUCGAGAAAUGUGUUUGUUUUCAGAUUUUUUUAAAUGGGGUGACCCUCAUAUACUUUCUUUUACCAUUGAUCUCAAACUGGCUAAUGUGGUUUGGUGAAAACAAGCAUAUUGAUUAUAUAUAUUUUAUUUUUUUUUUUUUUAAAGCUUAGAGCAAAUGGUGAUCCUUUGUAGAAGAUUUGCUUGCACUUCAGACACUUAGCAAAGUGACACUUCGGUUUUAUGUGCGAUAGUUGUCUUACUGUCUUACACAUCAAAACCAAACCACGCGUUUACUGUAUUCCAGUCAUUCAAUUUAGUUAAAAAAAAAAGGGCCAAAUAAUGUAACAAACCAUGUUCCUCAAGGUCCCCUCUGGAAACCUUACUGUUCUUGUGCAAGAAACAAAAAACUUUUUUGUUCUCGCUUUCAUCGAUCUUAUUUUCUUAUUUAUCAUUGGUGGUAGGGCUUGUAGGCAUGUCCUAUUAUGUUUCAUCAUAUCUAUAAUAUUUUUUAGAAAUACCUUUUUUUUUUUUUUAGGGGAAGUAUGUCACAAAGUUUUUAAAGAUCAAACUAUCUGAAACCUAUCAGCUAGGACAUGCCAAUAUGUCAGGGUUAGGCCAACAUUUUUACUUCUAACAAGGCAUGUUUUUGUAUACAUUUAAUUGGCUGUCCAAUUACUAAGUUUAAUUUUAUACCGUAAUACAGUAGAGAAGUGGCGGUGCUUUGUAUAACUCAUAUCUUGGUAAUUGUAUUUCUAUUGAUGUAGGCUUGCGUUGCCUUCUGCUUUAUCACUAUUCCAUCACUGACCAGUAUCUUCACACGGCUGAAUCUGUACCUUCAUUCCGGCCAAGUGGCUCUAGCAAACCAGUGUCUUUCACAAGGUGAGUGUCUUCCAGAUGCCUUUGAUACAGUUUUAUUCUUUGCUUCUUUGCAUAUCGUGCUUCUUGGGGAUCAUCAGUGGAGCAUACGUGAACCCUCAGUACAGAUGUGCUAUGCAAAUACAAAUUUUGUAAGAAAUAAUAUUAAAUGAACACUGUAGGAAUCAUAACCACUAAAACGUAUUUGAAGUAUGAAGCCUUAACCACAUAGGAUUAUUGGUCCACAGCAGCCUGAUGAUGAUGAAGAUGAUCCAUGAUGAUAUGGCCGAGGUGAAGCUAUGCACACCUUCAUGAUGUACAAGGGGCAAUUGGCUGAACACUCUCAGCCAGCCUCUACCUCAAUCCCUGGUAUGAACUGGUAUGGCACAAAGUAGAAUCAUAACUCUGCCUCCCCCAUAUCAUUAUAGACUGGGCUUUGGCUGCCUGGGAUUGAGGGAGCAAAGGUAAGUAAAGUAUAUACAUAUAUUUUUAUUUUUUUUAUUUUUUACUCACUACAGGUGGGGGCUGGGCCAAAAGGACACUAUACUGCCAGGAAUACACAUUUGUAUUACUAAUGCUAUUGUGUUCCUUUAGCAUCUAAAGCUGUGAAUGCUCUAUGUCUGUAACAAUUACUUUUUAAAAUUUAAAACACAAUUUUUAGGUUAAAGCCCUGUCCUGCAGCCAUCUCUUAACCAAAAUAAAAAAAUUUGUAGCUUUUGCCUACAUCUUGGUUUUAAUUGAUGAAGACAUCUAUGGUGAAACCAUUACAGCUGUUGCUUUGGCAGUAAAGCAUGAGACCCUACAAUCACAAGAUAAUGAUUGCUUUGCUGCUUUCUGAUUCUAACUCAAUAUUACCUUUAGCUUUUCAAGUAAACCUAUGCCAAGUUCCCCUUUCUUCCAUCAAACAGAAUCCGAGUGCCAUCUUGCAAUACAGAAAAUAGGCUUAUUAAAGGAGCACUAUAGUGUCAGAAAUAAAAACGUGUUCCUGACAAUAUAGUGCUGAAGUAGCUGUUUAGGUGAACAGCUCACCAUUAGAUUGCUUUGAAAAGGUGAUUUUACUCACCUUUUCUCCCUCGUCAAGCUGGUCUCUCUGUGACUGGCUCCGCCACCAUUGUUGAGGUAAUCAAUUUUGAUGAUCUCAGCCAAUCCAGUGCUUUCCCAUAGGCUACGGCGCAUGCACAGCAAAACGCAGUGCUGCACCAGUCAACAUUUAGUACUAAGGUUGCAUUGAAUCAAUGCGUCUCUGUGAGGAACGUUCAGCGUCUCCAUGCGUCUCCAUGUAGAUGGUGGAGACGCUGAACGCCAGUGCUGCACACUGUGCAGCACUGGACUUGGACACACCUCUAGAGGCCGUCUGAGUGACUGUCAAUUAAGCUAUAGUGGUUCUGGUGAUUUAUAGUGUCCCUAUAAUGUAAUUAUACCAACAAAAACUUGGUUUAUAAGAAAUUGUAUAGUCUGUUUGCAUUGGCAUAAAGGCUCGUAUCACAGAGAAUACUGGGCAUGGUGUAAUUGGUCAGAAAUUAAAUACUUCCCAGGGAAUUAAUUAAUUUAUUUAUACCAAUAUUUUACCAGGAAGGAUUGUUUUCAAGUUUGUCCUGGGAAUGGGUGGCUACCAUGAAAUUGUGUAAUAAUUUUCAGUUUCUCAGUGACGCUUUCUAAUCUGAAGGAUGUUUGCCAUCUUGGGGUCUUAUAUCAGUAGCCAGAAAGUUUAAAUGAUUAGCUUUCAACAUCACAGUAUGUAUAGACGUAAAAAAAUACUGUUUGAACCUUGAUGGAGUUGGCUAGAAAUAUCUGAUUCAGUUGUUUUUGCAGUGACCCUCUGAAAGGUUUUGAAAUCUGUCAACAAAUGGCAUUGGUAGCCUUUGAAGUACUAUCUACUGUUAAGGUCAUUUCUGACUUUCUUCAGAAUGUUUGUAUUGUUAGGGACCGCAAAAUGGUUGGUUUUAGAUGUGGCAUUAUUAUAACUGUCAUUGGAGAGACAAUUUUGUAAAGGGCCAAGAUCUUUACUUAAAGGACCACUAUAGUGCCAGGAAAACAUACUCUUUUUCCUGGCACUAUAGUGCCCUGAGGGUGCCCCUACCCUCAGGGUCCCCCUCCCGCCCGGCUCUGGGGAGAGGAAAGGGGUUAAAACUCCAGCGCCAGACGGGGAGCUCUCCGCCUCCGAUCCUCCUCCUCUCCUCCCUUUUUGCUGAAUGCGCACGCGCGGCAAGAGCUGCGCGCGCAUUCAGCCGGUUUCAUAGGAAAGCAUUUACAAUGAUUUUCACAGUGAGAAUCACGCAAGCGCCUCUAGCGGCUGUCAAUGAGACAGCCACUUGAGGAUUUGAGGGCUGGAUUAACCCAUUUAUAAACAUAGCAGUUUCUCUGAAACUACUAUGUUUAUAAAAAAAAUGGGUUAACCCUAGCUGGACCUGGCACCCAGACCACUUCAUUAAGCUGUAGUGGUCUGGGUGCCUAGAGUGGUCCUUUAACUGUGACUGCCACGUUCACCUCUCAAUAAAUGACUAGGUUUGAGAUGCCAAAGUGAAUUUCUGUUUUUCAAAAAUUAACUCUUCCCAUAAUCGAGAUGUUUUAUAUAUGUUUCUAUAGUAUUUCCUUGUAGAUUGGCUGUGCACGGUAUUCGGCCCAGUAGGUUCUCGUGCCUGCCAUAAAUGAGCUGACACAGAGAGCUGAUUCUGGGUUUGGAAUUAGAAUGCUCAGUUGCAUGAUUCUUUGUUCUGACCAUUAUGUCAAGGCAGGGAGGACAAAAGAAUUUAUAGCAAAGCAGUGCUGUUUUACCGUGCAUUCUACGGGAACAAAACAAAACUGCAAAGUCAGGUGGUGCGUAUUUAUAAUAAACUUGCACACCACAUGACAAUGUUUGCCUUUUACAGUGUUUGAUAUCAGAUGAUAAAAAUCACCUCAUGAUUUUGUUUUUGCAGUGGAAGCCUCUUGUUAACGGUUAAUAUAAAUCAUAAAACAAUAUCUAUAACCGCAAUGUCAGAUGGUAUUAUUUUUUAUUAUAUUUACGCAAAUGUGUAAGUGGGGCAAGUGGGCAUGGACUUCAAAUCUUGUGUUUGACCAUCUUCCUUUAAUGUUUGUAGUAGAGAAGCCCGUUAGAAAGCAUCUAACACUUUGUUCUAGAUGUGAAGUAGUGGAUCCCAAAACUGGGUACCAAUACUGCCUCUGCGGGCCCCCAAAGGUUAGAAGAGGCUCAUCAUAUUCAACACACAACUACGUGCGAUAAGUUGUUAAAUUCAGCUUCACUGCCUUUAUUGCAAAGAAUAUUGGCUAAUAGUGUUGUUGUUUUUUUUUCUUAUCUAUAUGUGCUUUAUUUAUAUGUUUCUGGUCUUUCCUCCCUCAAGUGUUGUUACUCCUGUGUCUGUCUCCCUCCAAGUCAACGGUGCUACCAUCAGCUCCACCACGCAGGCUCGCUGCCUAGGUGUUCUCUUUGACUCCGACCUCUCCUUCAAGCCUCAUGUUCAAUCUAUCGCCAAAUCCUGUCAUUUCCAUCUCAAAAACAUUGGGCGCAUCCGCCCCUACUUAACGCCAGAUGCGACUAAGGUGUUGGUCCUUUCUCGCCUUGAAUACUGUAAUCCGCUUCUCAGUGGUCUUACGUGCUCCCAACUAGCGCAGUUAUAGUCCAUAAUAAAUGCGGCGGCGAGGCUCAUCUUCCUGUCCGCCCGCACCUCCCAUGCCUCACCCUUCUGUCAGUCCCUACAUUGGCUUCCUAUAAAAUAUAGAGCUCAAUUUAACUUUCUGGUUCUUGCUUUCAAAUCUCUACAUAAUGCUGCUCCCACCUAUCUAUCCUCCCUUAUACACAAGUAUGUCCCGUCUAGGCCCUUACGAUCUGCUGAAGACUUACGUCUAUCUUCUGUCAGUACUCCCACCUCUGAUGCUCGCCUUCAAGAUUUCUCGAGGGCUGCACCGUUCCUGUGGAACUCGCUUCCCUCCUCCGUUAGAUACUCACCCAGUCUCCACUCCUUCAAAAAAUCGUUAAAAACACACUUCUUCAUAAAAGCGUAUCAAUUAAACUGUUAAUAGCUCCUGACUGAUUCCUCUUCUGCAACUGUCACUAGUCUAAUACUAUCCUUACCUUUUUGUGUCAUUUUACCCACUCCCUCUAGCAUGUAAGCUCAUUGAGCAGGGCCCUCAACCCCUCUGUUCCUGUGUGUCCAACUUGUCUGGUUACAACUACAUGUCUGUUCGUCCACCCAUUGUAAAGCGCUGCAGAAUUUGACGGUGCUCUAUAAAUAUCAUAAUAAUAAUAAUAAUAAUAAUAAUAAUAUGUGUGUUUGUAUAAUUACAUCACAGACUGCCAUAUUAUGCCUAUGAGCUUAUGUGCUGAGUAUGUGAUCUUUGGAUAUCCCUUUCAGAUUAGUCUAAUACGCUGAUAUCAGGCCUCGGCUAAAGCAGGCAGAAACCAGCUGUUGUUGCUAUGGGUGUUAGAGAUCUGUUUUAUGGCACUCACUCUAUACUCGUUUUUUUUAUUUUGACUGACGUAUGUUUAGGAUCAGGAAAUUAUUCAUAACAGCGAUGUGCCAAAUAAAGUGAGUUUCUUCUAUAGAAAGCCAAGGAUUCUGCAUAGGUCUCCAGCAGAUUACUGUAUAGUAUGACAAGGGAUUUUUUUUUUUUGCCUACAGAGCUUAAUCUGGAGUUAUUAUUAUUAUUAUUAUUGGUAUUUAUAUAGCACCAACUACUUUCACCGCACUUUACAAUAUUAUGAAAGGGGGGAAAGUUUACCAUAAAUGAGACAAUUACAAUAUGACACAGGAGCAAUUGGUAGAGAAGGACCCUGCUCAAACGAGCUUACAGUCUAGAGUUAAACCUGUCACGACCACACUACUCCAAGCGUGCCUGCAAUUUGGGUAUGGGGGAUGAAAGGGUUAAAAAAAAGGGGGGGGGGUGCGCUAUUUGUCUUUACUAGACUGAAAAUAAUAAUUAAAAAAAUAAUUCAUCUUAAAGGGAAACUAUAGUGCCAAGAAAAAAGUGCCCAGUAGUACCCCCGUCACUCCCGUGGUGGAGAAGGGGUUUGAAACCACAAUGCUUUCCUAUGGGGAUUCAGGUGACGCUGGAUGUCCUCAUGCCUAUCAUGAGGACGUCCAGCGUCAGUUAGGCGACCUAAGGUGGUAGACAGCCUCUAGAGAUGGAGUUAACUCAUAAGGGUAAUUAUUGCAGUUAAUUGAUAACUGCAAUAAUUAUUUUUGCUGGGUUAAGGGACCUGUGAAUAUGCACCCAGACCACUUCAAUGAACUGAACUGGUCUGGGUUCCUAUAGUGUCCCUUUAACACCACCCACACCUAACAUUUGUAUCAAAAGCUGCCACCACCAAGUCAAUUUAUAAAUAGGUGUCUUAUCAUUACCCACUAAAUAAGAUAUGAAAAACCCACAAAACAGAAUUUAGCAAAGUAUCUGUUUAGUCUAUUAAAUAGGUCUCUUCUGGGAACUGGAUUCUUUACUAGACAAAGGCAUAACUUAAUAAAGGAACAUUUAUUCUGAACAAAAAUGAUCACAGUGCAUAAGGCUAGGGAGCCGGGCUUAUGCUGCAGAUAGCUGCAAACCUCUUUCUUUUUUUAUUUAUUUAUAAAAACUAGACAGAUUUGAACAGGGAUGAAACAAAUGGAGCAGGAAUGUGAGACCAAUACCUGUCAAAUGCACUAAGUUGUGUUAGUGCCACAGUGGUCCUUUAAGGUGGUAGCCAUUCCCUAAUCAUGUCCAUAUGAAACACAGUAGGGGAGUUAAAAGAAACAAUGUUUCAAAAAGUGCCUGAAACAACCUUCACCAGGAACUAAAGGGACACUUUAGGCACUAUUUAAUCUCAUUUCAGUGCUUAUAGUGCUUGAAGUCCUCUGGCACUGUCCCUCCACUUCAAGGGUUAAUCUCUUCUUUCCUGCUAUUUAUUUUAUUUAGUUACUAAAUGCUGACGCAAACAUUUUGAUCUAUUUGCUUCAACCCCAGUGACUUCUGUGAUUGAUUGUCUUACUGAUGCAAUAUGUCUUCUCUGACGUGCUCUUCGGGCUGAUGAACGAUCUGUCCUAUAGCGAUUUUAGACACGUCCACUGAAACCAACCGAUGUUGUUGGAUAAUUCCAUUCUUCAUCACAAUAAUAUAAUUCUGAUCGUGUGUAUUCCUUACCCAAUAGAUAAAUAAUCACUACAUAUUCAUUAUAUUCAAAUAAAAUCUGCUUGAGAGGACAUUAUUCUGAUUGCUUUUCAUACACUCUUUAUGGAACAUGUUUGUCCCUGUUCUAAAAGGGACAGUACUUACAUCGCUCCUCUAGGCAACAACUCUUGCAAAUUACACAUUACACAUUUUUAUGAGUCAUCAUCUGUCUUUAUUAUUUACAGCAGGGGUGCCCAAAAGGUAGAUCCCCAAAUGUCUUCAAACUACAGCUCCCAUAAUGCUUUGCAUGUCUUUUAGAAUGCUUUUAAAAUGACAAAGCAUCAUGGACGUUGUAGUUUGAAAACAUCUGGGCAUCUGUCUUUUGGGCACCCUGAAUUACAAAAAAAUAUAAUCAGGCUAAAAGAACCUUUCUCUAAAUAAAUAGAAAUGUCCACGUUUCCUAUCAGUUCAUCCCUUGUGACAUGUCAUGAAUCCCUUUUAUUACAGAAGUUUGGUCCUUACGGGGUUAAAUAUCUAUCUAUCUAUCAAUGCAGUGCAACAUAUGUAUCAAAGUCUGUAAAUGAGCUGUGCUGUAGAGUUGCAACUGUGAUAUGGUGCUCUGGUAAUAACCAUAACUACCACAACUUAAUUUAUUGGUUAUGGUGCACUAAUCCAGUGGGAGAUUUCUGCUUCUCUUGAAUACAUUAUCCAUAUAAAUCCAUUCAAAUGUGAACAGCAGUGAUAGACUGCAGUUACUAGAAGUAACCUAUCCCCUCUGCUCAGCUUUUGCUUCUAGUUGAGCCUUAUUAUUUUGUUAAACUGUGCAAUACAUAUCGACACAAACACUUUACCCUAAAUCUACUUACACCAUAACUACUUUAAUAGUUAAUAGAAUGCUUAGUGUUUCCCCUAGAAACGUAUUCUAAAGUUCAUUAAAGUGUACCUCUAAUGUUAUAUGUAGGUUGCCAUUGAAUUAAAGAACAUGAAAUGUCAUCUUUACAUAAAACUAGCAAAUGUAUAGAUUUUAAUUUUAAAGAGCUUUAAAACCCUCCUCAUGUAAAUCAACUCUUGGCACUGACUGCACUCUUCCAGUAUAGUCUAGGUUGAAAAAGAAUGAAGUCCAUCAUAUUCAUCCCUGAAACCUCUUUGCAACACAAAAGCUCCCUCGGUGCUGUCCAGGUCUCCUCAUCCUGCAACGUCACAGUAAUAGGGGGAGCUAAUGCAUACGCGCAGCAAGAGUCGCUUGUUCAUUAAAGCUUCCCCAUAAGAAAGAAAUCAAUGUUUUUCUAUGGGAAAUCUGAAGACGUUCGAUGUCCUCAAGCAACGUUUGAGGAAGUUCAACAUCAUUUAACGUAGUAAAACUCUGUUAGGGACCUGGAAGCUCCUCUAGUGACUGUCUGGAAUAGUAAACCCUGCAAUGUAAUUAUUGGAGUUUCUCAAAAACAUUGCUGGGUUAAACAUACAGGGGCACUGCACCCAGCCAGUUCAAUGAGAUUAAAUGGUCUGCGUGCCUAUGGAAAAAAAAAAAUGUUUUCGACUUAGAAAUAGAUUUAAAAAUAUAUAUGUUCCCUAAGCCUGUGCAAGUCUUAUGUGUAUAAUGUGAAAAUUGAGGGUAGUGUUUAAUUAUUUUUUUCUGUAUAUGGUCCCAAAUUUGUGUAAAAAAACAAAAAGUGGGGCAAAAUUCUGAAAGGUGAUCAGUCUACCAUGGGAACAGUUAUUUUUUUGACAUGUCACUUUCAGCCAAAUUUGACUUUGUGCAUUUUGUAGUUGUAGUUUGCUUUUACAGACAAUACCUGCUGUAAAACCAGCCCUGUUUAGGAUGAAGAAUGUACCUAAUUUAUCUCUGUCUAAGGGAUUACAGAAUGAAAUCAAGGCCCAGCCUUGUGAAGGUAAAAAAAAUAAAUUAGAAAACACAAAAAGUGAAUUUCUUCCCUAAUUAUGUUCAUGUAGAGAGUCUUCUUUCUGGCAAUGUUUAGAUCAUUUGACAUUCGGUCUAUUUUUGUUCCAUGAAAUAUUAAUGGCUUCCACAUGAGUUGUGUUCAUCACAUAAUUAUAGAGCACAUUGAAAUGGAGUCAGCUGCUAUAUUACCAGUCGUUUAAUCCAUGUAAUAAAACGUUUGCUAUCAGAAAUCUUUCCCAUCCAUUGAGUCACAGCUAAGUGACUUUGAUUCCACUGUACAGAGACAGCGGAGACAUUUAUCACAGUGUUCUCAAAUCUGUUCCAAUAUAUCAGUAAUUUAAAAGAUGUGGGACAAGUGUCACCUUUCUUCUGGAUAUUCAGACGAUAUUGUGGACGAUUUUUGGGUGUCUACAAUUAUGUCCCAUUAACAAUGAAUAACUAAUAUUCUGAGAAUGCUAUUUAAGUGCAAUGAAAUCUGUAAUUGUAACAAAUGAAAUGCCUUACACAAAAUAUAAUGCUGGGGGGAAAAAAACAGAACAUUUGCAAAAGUAAGAAUAAUUGAUAAUUCAUCCCACAAAACUAACAGAUGAUUCAGCAAUCAUUUGAUAUCCCUCCUUGUUCUAAAAGCAAAGCAGUAUCAUUCCAUAUUUGUGAUAAAAUGAUUUGUCUCAUUUUUAAGAACAUUUUGACAUUUUUCUUUAUGUAGAUUAUAUUUAUUUAUUUGACUUUACUGUUUUGACCCAUUUAUGUAUGGGAUUUAGGGUUUUAUUCAAUAAAGAAACUCUACAGCACUUGAAAUAUAGGUUUGUAUUCCUGUGUGCCAUAAAUUGAUUAAAGGGGAGAGAGGAGGGGGCUAUAAACUCCCUUGUUGCUGCUUACCUCUCCUCCUCCUGCGAAGUCAUGGAGCAUAGCCUUCUCCUGUGUGCUUCGAUCCAAUGGUCUUCAGAAAGGAGCAUUGGGAUCCUGGGGUACAUGCAUGCUCCCCCAUGAAAAGCAUUGAAUCAAUGUCUUCCUAUGGGACUUUCGUAUCACAUGACAGAGUUUUACUCAAUGUAGCACUUCAUUGCUAUUUCUACAAAACGGCAAUGUUUUACCUUGAAUGGUUAGAAUGAAAGGAUCACUUCAUUGAGGUGAAGUGACCUGGGUAACUUUAUUGGUCCUUUACACAAUGAGCUGUAGAGCAAUGAAAUUUGAAUUGCAAACUUUAGGCGAAAAUAUCGGAUUUGUUUUUCUUUAAACUCCGCUAUCGGCUCCUGCUGAUUGCUAUAUCUGAAUCCUAGACUUCAGAUCUAUACUAUACCACCAUAUGCUGUAAGGGCUCUAGUAAAGUGCUGAAAAUACCUGUGCUCUUCUACUCGGUGAAUACAGGUUUUAUUUCUUGUAAACACCUGGCCCUUGUAUCCUGAUGCUAAAGAAGUUAUAUCAGGAAGUCAUAUCGUUAGAUUGAAAGUGGAUCUACGGUAUUACUUUUCUUUUUUUUUUUCUUUUUUUAUAUCAUCUGGUUGAAAGUCAUGAAUCAUAUCAUCCUAUGUGAUUGUUACCAAAUUCUCAACAUUCCUUUUGUUUUAUAUGUGUUUCUGUCUGCAGCCGACGCCUUCUUCAAAGCCGCUGUGAGCCUCGUCCCAGAUGUCCCAAAAACCAUUAAUAUAGAUGGAAAGAUGAAAUCUUCUGAAAUGUAUCUUCUGGAAUUCCUUAGUAACUUCUUCUCUACAUUACUCAUCGUCCCUGUAAGCAUGAUAUUCGUUUGUAUCACAGAUACAAUCUUUUUAUUUAUUUCUUUUUUAUCAUUUGAUCUCUAACACCUGAUAUUAGACGGAAUACUUUAUUUUUUAUUUAUAUAUUGUGUUUGUACUCAAUGUAAGCGGCGAAAGGAAACAAUGGAGUCAUGCGCUACUGAUAUUGAAGUGCACACCCUGGUGCUACCACGUUUUGUAGAAGGACAUUGGCAUUGAUAAAGGGCUACUGCCCAAAACGUUUGCAUUCUGUACGUUGUCCUUCCAAUAAAAUGUGGUAGCACCAGGGUGUUUUUCCUUUUGUUGCUAUUAUACACUGGCGGAACUGCAGUGUGGGGCUGCUGCAGCACUGCUCAUUUUUUAUUUGCUUUAAUAUUAGUGCAGGCAGGUACUUUGCCUCUACCUCAUUUUUUGUAUUGUAGUUAAUGUAAUUAAAGGGACACUCCAGGCACCUUGACCACUUCUGCCCAUUGGAGUGGUCUGGGUAUCAAUUCCCAUCACCCAAAACCCUGCAAGUGUAAUUAUUGCAGUUUUUUAUAAACUGCAAUAAUUACCUUGUAGGGUUAAGUCCUCUUCUAGUGGCUGUCUAACAGACAGCCACUAGAGGGACGUCCAGCUUCUUAGAACACGAAAAGUGUUUUAAACGACGCUGGACAUCCUCACGCUAUGUGAGAACCUCCAGCGUCACCGGAAUCCCCAUAGGAAAGCAUUAAAUAAUGCUUUCCUAUGGGGAGGUCUAAUGCGCACACAGGCAUUGCUGCGCAUGCGCAUUAGGUCUCCCCUGCCGGUUGAGCAUGGGAAGAGCCUGAACCAGCACUGAGGGACAUCGGCGCUGCGUUUAUGUAAGUCACUGAAGGGGUUUUAAAGUCACUGAUUGGGGGGUGGGAGUGAGAGGGGCACUGCAGGACACUGGAGAGUCCCUUUAAGGUAACAAAUGUAACCAUAAUUAUACUGUGCUGUGUAUACUCUGCAUAGGAUCAUCCUGAGCAAGGAGUUCUUUUCCUGGUUCGGGGACUUUUAAAUGUGAUUGAAGAUUACACCUGGGAAGAUAACAGCGAUGAUAAAGUUCGUAUUUACACGAGCGUGUUGCAUCUGCUCGCUGGCCUUAGUCAGGAGAGCUAUCUUUAUCACGUAGACAAAGGUAUGCUGUUCUUUUUGUUCAUUAUAUUCUCUUAACUUUUUUCACUGCUAAUGUUUGUGUUUGUUGUAGGGCUUGAUCUUUGUUAACACAAAAUAAGCUUUCUCUAGAUUCGACAUUACAGGAACCAGUGGGAGUUUUCAACUAGAAAAUUACAGAUAUGUACACUACUGACUAUUUUUAGUUUACUAAACCACAGGGAAAAAAAAAGGUAUAAUUUCAGAAACUAUUUUUAAAAUAAGGUGCAGCUUCUAGUCUAAGACACAUCUACAAUAAAAUUUGCCGGGCUGUGGAAAAAGACUGCUCUGACAUCGUACUAGAGCCAGUUUUCUAAAGUAUCUUUGACCCAGGCCCCAACUUUCACACAUGUUCAUUUUAUUCUAAAUAUGUACGUACCUUCCUCCAGACAGAGCCUUGGUUGUAGAACUCGUUUUCACAUUUGACACAAAUUGCGUGUGCUCUGUGUCUUUUACCUCGAUACAUCACCGAUUAAUUUAUAUCUUAAACAAUGAGUGUAUAAAUGCAUUUGAUAAUCCUUAUAAAAAUGAAGAAAUCUGAACUUCGAAUAUGUGAAUGAAUAAAUGAAUGAACGAAGAAGUUACUGGGCUAGUUAUUGUUUAAAAUACACAGCAUUCAAAUAUAGGCUAUUGAAUAUUUGGCAUUGAAAGGAGAUGCUCAUAUGUCCGUUCCCGGUUUUCUUCCAUAAUAUAUUAAAGUUAAAUAAAUUUAAAAAAAAGACGACAAACCACACAUAAUAUAUUAGAUCUCUACAUAUAGGUUGGUAGUGAAAGGUGUCACUGCUAUGAGAGUAACAUGGGGAUUUAAAUUGAGAAGAGGACAAAAACUUGGUGUACGGGAAUACAAGAUUGUUGUCACUAACAGAGUUGGCAUAUUGGGAGAAAAAUAGCCGGUAAAGAUAAAAAAAGAGAUAUGAGAGAAUGACAAAAAAGGACAGUUGGCAUAAGAGAGGAAAUAUAACAGGAGAAUUAAAUAAGCUUAAAGGGAAUCUGUAGGCUCCAUAACUGUUUCAUCCCUUUGGAGUGGUUAUAGUGUCUGGAGUCCCUUGGCACUGUCUUUCCAUUCGACAUAAAACAAUUUUUAUUUGUUUUAAUCUAACUAGGAGUCCCCAGCAACCUAUCCCCUCUGUGCUGCUUUGUCUAAUUAGGAAGCAUUAGCUUGAGCAAUGAGAGGCUGUGAUUGAUGGAGUGUGUCAGCUGACAGUAUUCAGCCUAUCAUAGUGCUCAUUGCUGGUAUGAAUUGGUAAGGUUAGAAGGAAGUGUGUAAUCUCGGCCUUAGCCAGACUUCCAGUGGGGAUCGGGCUGUGGGAAGCCAGGGACCCUUAUCAAGUGUUAAAGUGCUAAAAUAUGGUUUAACACUGAAUGCAAGGGAUAGUGUGAGGGCACUGUAGCGAAUUCAAUAAUAUGAAAUGGUUUUAGUGCCUAGUGUCCCUUUUUUAAAAGCAUGAGGCACAGUUGUAAAGAGAACAGAGGGCCUGGGAUAUAUGGAAUGGACAGCAUAGGGGAGCUAGCAGGAAUGGAAAAGAGCUGACAGUAACUGAAAGGAACAGCGUAUACAGACUGGCAUAGAAGGGUGGGGCUACAUCAAUGAAGGGAUGGUAAGGGAGACUGGUAUACAGGAGAUAAGAGGACUGAUAUCAAAAGAGUUGCGACUGGCAUACUGAUAAACUAAACUGGUGGUGACAGGAAAAGGGUGACUUGAGAACAGUAGCUUGAAAUAGAGACAGGAGGGGUCAAAACAAUUGGGGCAGAAUGGGACAAAUUUGAAUUCUCACUUUUUUAAAAAAUAUUCAGACUUCCAAGUGAAAUUCAAAUUUAAAGGAAAACUAACGUUAAGAAUCAAAAUCUGUAUUUCUAACGUUAUAGCGUCCUUGUUUAUAAUAGUAUUAGGACUUUCCUCCCCCGUUUGGGAGAGAAAUGUUUAAAACCGUUAUUUUUUACUUGCCUUGUUCCAGUACUGAGGCUUUCUUAGCUCUCCACUCACAUGGACAUCAUGGAGGAGGACCAGCCUUGAUGGUCUAAUCCAAUGUUUCUCACAGAGGAACAUUGGGGACCCAAUGCGCAUGUACAGUGAGCGCUUUGCGUGCUUGCAAACCUUCUCAUAGGCAAGUAUUGAAUCGAUGCUUCCCUGUGCGGCUUCUGCAUCAACUGACCAAGUAUUACUCUCAGUGCAACUGAAGCUCUUCUAGCGGUUGUCAUACUCUGAAAAUGUUUCUGAAAGUAGAUGUAGUGAGCGAGAAAUCUAAAAAGUAAUGGCAUUCUAUACUUGACCUGCCACUCAGGAUUCUACCCAUUUUUUUACCCUGUAUUAUACCAUAUCAUUGGAAGAGGUUUAGAUUGUUUGUUCUCUCUGAGUUCCCAGGUAUGCUAACGCAGCCUCUCUGAUCUGGUUCCAAAAUACAUAUCACUGUUACACAUAUACUGACACUGAUUGGAUUAUUAUACGAUAAACAGCCCUUCAGUUUCUGUCUUCCAAAUUCACUGGGCUGAUCAUCACAAGGGUUUCAUAUUUGGCAGGACCAUGUAACAGCUGGUGCUUAAUGUUGACAUAUUCGUAAGCACCCUAAAAUAAAAUGGUUUGUAGUUAUCUAAUCUCCCAAUAACAUAAUACGACCUCGCUGUACUUCUCUAAUCCUGACUUCGUGUUCCUUUUAGUGGCUUUUGUUCUCCUCUGGAAAAUCCUAAAUCUGCAGACAAUGGUAGGCUUAUUUACCAAUGCACAAAACAGUCAACAAGGUUGUUAGAACAGCUUUUUACUGUCCAAACAGACACAAAUAUGUUGUAAGCCAACGAAGAUGAAAAGAAGGCAUUUGUCCAAUAGAUGUUUUUUUGGUCAGUGGACAAUUCUAAACAAUGUGACUCUUUGUGUGCCAGAUGCACAUGUUAAUGCAGUAUUUCAAAAUGUAAUUUCAAAAUAGUACAUUAACAUGUGCAUCUUGCCUGUGUAUGUAUGUAUGUAUUGAUCUCUCUCUAUGUAUCUAUCUAUCUAUCUAUCUAUCUAUCUAUCUCUAUCUCUCCUAGACAGUAGAAACUGUUACUUUAUCUAGAUCAGGGGUUCCCAAUUAAUUUUUCCCAUGGAACACUUUGACAUAGUGUAUCAACAUCGUGGACCCUCCUCCCCCCAAAAAACCCCUGUAAAUUAGCAAAAUAUAUACACACGUAUUUCUACAGAUAGUAAACAGAUUGUAGUACUUAGGAGCAGGUGUGCUUUUGUGUGUAGAUGUAAUGUUUGCAUUUGCGUUUAGGGGUUUGUUUAGAUAUAGUGUUGGCUUUUAAAUGUGUAGUAUUGGUGUUUGUAUGUAAUGUUUGUGUUUUGGUAUGUUGGCAUGUUGUGUUGGCGUUUGAUUGCUGGGAUGUCUGCUACAUACGUACUUACACAGAUAUACAUAAACACAUCUUGACACACAGAUACACUCACUGGUGCAGAUUCACACAUAUACACAAACACAGACAUACACAUACUGGCGCAUACACACACUCUGAUACACACAGUGAUACACGCACAACUUAACAGACAGAUACACACAGUGACACUCGGAUACACACAGACACAUUUAGAUACUCACACUGAAACACAGAUACACACAAUGGCACACACAGAUACACACAUGGGCACAUACAUUAACAUAUACACACACACACACACACACACACACACACAGAUACACUGAAAGAUAUACACACUGACCCACAGAUAGACACACUUGCACAUACACACAAAUACACAACCUGGCACUGACACUCAGAUACACACAGUGACACAUACACACACGGAAAGAUACACAGUGACACACACUGUUAGAUACAUACACUGGCGCCUGACACAGAUGCACACAGUGACACACACACACACACACACACGUAAUUUUAUAUAUAUGUAGUCACCCUCCUGUUAGCAUACCUGUUGUCUGCAGGAGGGUGACUUGCUGGCUGAGGCUCGUGUGUGUGGGGGGAGCUGCUUACUCCUGGCUGCUGCCUCUCUCCCUCCAGCACAGUGUUUUCUAUAUGAAACUGGGAGGAAAUGACCAUCCGUCACUUCCUCCCAGCAUCCCAUACUACGGGGACCUAUUAAUCGCCCACGGCCCUGACUGGGUCCCUGUGCAGCAAUGCCUAUCGGGUGGCCGUAAGUGUAUGGCCAGCUCGAUGGGCAAAUCACUGCAGAACCCCAAUUGGGAAACGCUGAAAUAGAUUAACCAUUACAUUACACUAGCACAUUACAAUACACAUUAAAGUCUACAUUGUCCUAACACACUAACAAUAAAUAGUAACAUCUGAUCUACAGAUGAAUCUUUACACUAAACAUUAAAACACUACAGUACCCUAACACUAAGCAUUAAUAGUCACAUUAACCUAAAAAUGUAAUAGAAUAGAAAGUAUGUAAAAUAUAAAAAAUAUAAUGUAAUAGAAUGUAUGUAUCUAUGGGGAGGGGUCCUUUUUAUCUCCCUGCUCAUCGCUCCAAAGUGUUUACAGUUCUACUUGUUGCUGUCACAUGCCAGCAUUCUCUCUGCCAGCAGCCUCCUGUGUGAGAUAAGAUUAGGCUCUAAGACUGAAAAUAGUCUGCAGAUAUGGAACCCCCUAUACUUUUCUUUUUCUAAUAUUUGUUUUCAAUAUUUGUCUAAUAUUUGUUUUCAAGUAUGGUCUUAUAUCUUACAAAUGUGUUUCUGUGUUCAGGAUUUUGGAAAGAAAUUCUGAAAAACUAAUAAAUGCAUAUUAUACCAGCAUUUUAUUUAAAUGUACCAAAAUAUGCAUUUUAUGAUCUGAAUAUUCUCUUUAAAGCUUGUAGCUCCUCUUUGGGUCAGUUUCCCAGCUAGAUAUGUCAAACAGGCUAGUGGGCCUGCAUUCACCUUGUAACCUAUUUGGAACACUCAUUAUGGCAGCCAUGCAGUUAUUUUAGUGAGUGGAUAUCAUCAAACAUGUUAGAACCAAGUAUUCCAUGUAAUUUCUCCCAACCAUGAAUUUCACAGAUAAAUGAAGCAACAUCUUUAAUGUGUAUAUCUAUUAAGUCUUAGUAAGGUUUCUUUUCCUUCCAAUUUACACUCCAAGUACCUUAUCCACCACAACCCACUGAAGUGGUUAUGGUGCCAGGAGUACACUCGUUAAGUAAUCAAAUUACUUGUGGUACUGGGCUUAGUUCAUUUGUUGAUUCAGCUCGCAGACAGUUUGACUACUUAGUCCCGGACUGCACCAGGGCACUUCUGAGAGGGUAGUGGAUGCAUGGAAUAGCCUUCCAGCUGAAGUGGUAGAGGUUAACACAGUGAAGGAGUUUAAGCAUGCGUGGGAUAGGCAUAAGGCUAUCCUAACUAUAAGAUAAGGCCAAGGACUAAUGAAAGUAUUUAGAAAAUUGGGCAGACUAGAUGGGCCGAAUGGUUCUUAUCUGCCAUCACAUUCUAUGUUUCUAUGUUUCUGACACCAUAAAUACUACAGUGCUUAUGGUGUUUGGAGUGUAUCUUGAAACCAUCACCACAUAGGUUACAUUUUAUUGUAAAAGUGCUGCCAGAUUGUUGUAUUAAGUCAUGCGUUUAGGACCUGUACGCUUGACAAAACAUUUUCUGUAUUUUCAACUUUAAAUGUAUUAUUUUCUCUUGGCAGUGUCCAAAAACGGUUAUCUUUAGCUUGACACACUUUGCUGUGGACGAUAAACAAAAAUCAAAACAUAACUCUAGCCUGCAGACAAUGUUUAAAAAUGCCUCCUUCUUCUUACUUGAUCUGUAUGGCAGGGAGUGAGAGUACACCCAGAAUUGCAAAGGCUCUUCACAAGAAUCAGCAACACCAUUGUUAUUACAUAGAAACAAAACUAAUUAAAUGAUUUCAACAAAUAAUAAUUAACAAACUGUCUAACGUGUAAUAUUAGUUAAAAAUGUAAAAUGGAGUUAGGAUACGAAAUCAAGUGAGGAAGCUCUGACAACUAUAAAUGGAAUGUGCCCAUAUAGACUCGACGUGACUAUGCGUGUGUAUAUAUAACUUAGCGAAAAUUUGGAUAAUAGUGCUCUCCUUUUAUUUAUUUUUUUAGUUGAUUCUAAUGACAGUCUUUAUGGUGGAGAUUCGAAAUUCCUAACAGAAAUCAACAAACUGUGUGACACGUUAAUUGGACAGAUUCUAGAACAUCUCAAGGUGCUUGGGAAAGAGAAGGUAUGAAUGGCUCCACCUAAAUCUGUGUUACUAACGCACUGUCUGAUUGAUUACUUAAGUCUGGAAGAUUAUUUUUUAUUUUUGCAAAUGCUACCCCUUAUAGCAGUAGUCACUAUGGAUUUGGAUACUUUAGUCUCGAAGGGGCUGCUUGUCUCCAAUGUAUUCAAGCAGUAUGAUUAUGAAAAUAACACACUUAAUUGCUAAUAUUGGCAUUAAGAAGCAUUGUUCUAACGCUGUCAAUACAAUACUCUCCACACUAAUAAAAAAACACAAAUCUUUCAUUUUUCAUUUUUCAUGUUUCUGCCCAUAGAUGUAAAAUGAACUAACUGGCUAACCCACUGGGCAUAGGUAACAAAACUAUUCUCUUGUAGGAGUGCUUUCAUUUCAUCAAAAUGUGCUUACACUGUUACUAUUUACCAGAUAGGGAGGGAGGAGAGACUAUCUUUAUGGACAGUGAUCAAUGUGAUUUACAUUAUUUUAGCACUCACCCCCCCACAGGGCUGUACGUGAGAUAAUUAGUUAACCCAGCUCUGCUAGUUGUAUUGCUUUUGGUAUUUUAUUAUGUCAUCACUUUUGUCUACAAAAAUAACUAAAUGCCAUCUCCUCUGACAUCUGUGGGGUCCUCCUCUUGACUCAUCAAACUAUUCAAAUUCCAGCCUUCACAUGUAGAGGAAUGCUCGUUCAUUCCCUCUAUUUCACAGGUCUACUCUUAUUUAAAAUUACUGUAACUGUAAAAAAAAAAUUGUAUUUUUCUAAAUGGGAAUUUUUUUUAUUUAUUUUUUAUUUAAAGUUGUUUUUAAUAAUAAUAAAAAAAAAAAUUCACCCAAACUAUUGUAAAAUCUGUAGUGACCUAUUAAAACAUUUGUAAUAAAAUAGCAAAGUGACAGAAUGCUACAAACUGAUCAACCAAUCAGGAAAAAUUCGAGACGUUUUAUUCUCAGGAAGUUAAUUUUCUCAGCAAGAGAGGCCUGAACCUGAAAUGCAGCUGUUCUUUAAGAUGGCAAUGCUGCUUUGCACACGGAUUACAGUGUAAGAAGCCACAUAGAAAGCCACAGCCACUGAGUGACAUGCGUUGAGUGGUUGCACAUUGAAGACAUUAUCAGAUGGGCCAACAGUCUUAUGUUAAAAUCUAACGGCUUAAUUUAUUCACCCCCACAGGGAUGUUAGAAUUCAAAACAAUAGUUCUUGUAAGAAUUUGUCUUGUUAAAGUAUAGUUUUAAUGCAUAACAUGUAGACUUCUGCUGUCCCCAGAUUUAAAGUCCCUAUGGGGUAAAUAAAGCCCUACAAUUUUAAUAUUAGACUGUUGGUCCCUCUGCAAUGGUCUUCAAUUACUUUGGACAAAAAUAUGUGUCGCCUCGUUUAUAUGGAAGGUCAUUAUAUUUUAUAUUAUAUUGAACUCUGCGCUACUAGAUCUGCUCAGGAGUGGGGUACAUGUGCCCGAGGGCCACUUGUGUUGGUGUUAAGUGUUCAUGUGGGUACCUUAUUUAUCAGGUAAGUACAUUUUUUAUUCUGUGCAUUUGCUGGGGAUUUUGCCAGCACAACUUACCAAAAAAUCUAAUCUUCUUAACGAGCCCCCUGUACAUCCAUGUGCUUUUAUGAAAUAUGCUCUGUUCCAAUGAGCAACAGAAUUCCUAGGUAUUAGUUUUACAAUAAUUAAGAACAAUCUAUUGUUUUUUUUUAAAUAUUUUAAUUGAUAAUCAAAGAUCCUAACAAGUUGAAUUCCAAUUGGAAUAUUGAAUUCCAUAAAAAUAGUAGUUUGAAAUUAUAUGUACUUUUAAGUGUGUUGUUUCAAAGUAGCGUAGGAGUGAGCAACACAUAGUAUGAUCCUUGCUCACCUAUGGCACAUGUAGCGUUAAUGGACUCAUCUGGUGGCUAGAAGUCUAGAAAUCACGCUCAGGCACUUGCAGUUGCUAUGUACAUCUGGGUUAAUUUGCUAUAUUACCAUACAACAAACCGGACUAAAGAGAGAACAAUGUAAGUGCAGCUGUGUUUUCCAGCUCAUGACCUAAUCAGAUAAUCGGAAACAGAUUGUCCUUUGACGCCUGGAGCGAGCAAAACAGAAAGUGAACUGUGAAUGUACGUCCCUGCCCGAGGAUCCUGUGUUUGUUUAAAUUCUCCGAGGACAGGCUCAUGUUAGCUUACAGAGGUGUUUCCUUAAAGGCGUACACCCCCAGCAAUCACAUGGUCAAGUGUAGAAUGUAUUUUCUUCUGCUACAGAUCCUAAAGACUUAAUUUUCAUCUUUCACAUAUUUUAGUCCUAAGGUAUGCUCUUAAAUGGGGCUCCCUUGCCUGUAUGUUCUGGGCAAUAGUAAUAUUAGAAAAGUUAUUAUUUAUCGCACAAAAAAACUCAAUUUAUAUCCACACUAUACGUCACUACCUAUGCAAAAUUAAAGGAACUGUGUAAAGAAGAGUCCAGUUUUAGUCUGCAAGUAUUUUUGUCUACAAUUUGUGAUUGUUAAUGAUUGUUAAGCACUGCAAAAUAUGUUGGCACUAUAUAAACGAGAAUGAUAGACUUGCCCAUCUGGUGCCCUCUCUGAUCUAUCCAAGAAUGCUCUCCUUAUGGGAAUAGAUUACACCAGUUUUCUGUUGAGAUCCAGGUAUGCACAGAAUUGACCUAUGUCUGCCCGUUACCUCCAUACUGUAGCAGUGCCAGCUAAAACAUCUGCUAAUCAUUCUGCAUAAUGUAUGUGUACUAUUGGUGCAGAUUAAAUUUGGGGUUUGUCAUAUUGUCCCUUUAACUCUGCCGUUAUGGCUGAAUUAUGCAAAUGCACACUUAAAAAAAUAAUAAUUUUAUAUAUAUAUAUAUAUAUAUAUAUAUAUAUAUAUAUAUAUAUACACAUAUACACACACACACAUAUACCUACCUGCAGUACCUUGUAAGGUGUCAAUAAAAUUAAUGGAUGAAGGUAAAGUCCUACUUGAAUGGCCAGCAAAAUGUGGUUGGAAAUACCAAUUUAUCUUUCAGCAUCUCUUAAUCAGAUCGGCAGGUGUCUUGCAGCAAUGGUUGUCAUGUAGUAAGUUGGUAUUGUACAGGAAGCAUUAAAGCACUAGCUUAUGUGUACCCCAAAAAUGUAAAUAUUCAUUAUAGAUUGCUCUAUAGCCAAAGGUAGUAUGUGUGGCGAAUGUUCAGGGUGGCAAUUUCCUGGGGCAUUGUGUCAUGCCAUCCCUGGACAUUCUCUACUCUGGACGAUUAUUCAAGGAUGAGUCUCUGUGGUUCUAAUGAGAAUGUACCUUUGCUUUUAAAAAUGCUUUUAUCUGAUUAACAGGCAUAGCAUGCAGCGUUUCUGUUUUACAUUGCCAUAUAGUAUCAUGAUAUUUCAUCUUCUUCCGUAGAAUUUGUAAACAGGACAUAUAGCUUUGUCACCAUCUCCAGGCAUCCAGAACCAAGCCCUGCCCUAGUUAUUUCCCUUGCAAGUUCAACCAGAGGGCAGUGUUAGAAAGCUAUAGUUAGCAUGUUUUCUUUAUAAGUGUUUUGAAACUCUUUAUUUUCUCAUGCUUUGUGUAUUCACCUCUGAUAUUGCCAAAUACCGAGAAGCCAGCUCUCCAGGGCUUUGUUUCCAAUGACGCUUAGCCAGCAAGCCAUUAAUUGCCCAACAUCAUGGCAGACAUAAUCUACAGCAGCAGACAUACUGACAAUGACCUCUAUCUGGCAUGGUAUAACCUUUUGCUGUUAAAUUAUUGACAAACUCCUAUCAAAAGAUGAAAAUGGGAGCUCACUAUAUGGGGCAGUUGCUGGACUAUUGGAGGAGGUAACCCUAGGUGAGUAUGCACAUAAGGAAAAGAACAGAGACUACUCCAGACUAAUUGGUAAUAGAUAAUAGGAGUUAAAAGAACAUGAUAGGGCGGAGCCUGACCGCCAAACGGAGUGGACGUGGGUUCCAUGAUCUCCUGUCCGGCUGGCAGGAACAAAAGCGAAAUAACGCCGGCCUCGAGGCACCAGAGUGCACUACCCACGUUGAUAACUUGGCGUCUGUUGAUAACUUGUAAUAAUCUGCACAAUAAAAAAACAAAAACAAAACAUGAUAACGUUGGGAAUACAAGUGUAUUCCUAACGCUGUCGUGUCCCUCUGGUCCUCUAGAUAAAAUAAAGUAUGUACAGAUAUAUAUAUAUAUAUAUAUAUAAACAAAAUGAUAAAUCAAUCCUGCAAAUUUGGGGUAUGAAAUGACAGGCUGCACUGCACAGUGUCUGAUUGAGUAGCUGAACAUGAAAUGCUCAAUUGGUUAUUAGUACAUGGAAACACAGUGUCAAUCUGCAGGAUUAGGAUUGAUUAAUUGUUUUAUAUAUAUCUCUGUACAUACUUUAUUUUAAUAUUAUUUUUCCUGUUGAUUUUCUUUGUUGCCUUUUGCAACGUUCCCCCUCUAUAUUAACAAGAGUUUUUGGGCAAAUGUUUUUGUUAAACAUUAUUAAAGCGGCACUGUAAUGCCGAACUUGCCUUUCUCCUAUUGUUUCCUCUUCUCUUCCUCUCUCAUUAUCUGUUCUUCUUUUCUUUAUUUUUGAUCUAGUUUUCUUUAAAACGUAAGAUAAAGUGGGGUCUACUUUGUCUCAUGUAUUUUUCUUACACUUUACCUUCUUUAACCAAUUUUCCCACAAUACUCACCCCUCGCCCAUGUUCUUGCAUUGCUCCAUUCGCCGAACGUCCUGUAAUUUAGACCAGGGCGCCGGUGAAUGUGUACAGUUUCUAUUCGUGUUAGUAUGAAAUUCUGCAUUUUUUCCAGUUUGGAAUUUCAUUUGCAGAAUGAAUUAGUCGAUAGUCACCUAAUUCCCACAGUUUUCAUGGAACUAUCUACUAAAUAUCUGAAAAAACAAAAUUUGUCUUUCAGCCAACUUUACUUAUACUUAGUAUUAAAGGGGGGUUUCUACUAAACAGUGGCAUUAGAGAGGUUUUAAUUUCCCUUAUACUAAUAUUGACCCUCUUAGAAUGACAGGCCACUCUUCAUUUCCUUAGUGUCACACCGGUAACCAUCUCUACCAAGGGCCUUUUGUGAAAUGGAUAGCCGUCCCUAUGUCCCAGCACACACAGUUUAAGUUUAAGACUGCCCCCUCUCUUAUUUGUUUGGGUGAACCGCUCUAUUCACACACAAAAAAUGUCGCUGUGUUUGUAGAAACUGAUAACAGAUGUUUUUAAACUACAGCUUCCAUGAUGUUUUGUCAUCCCAAAACAUUACAAAAUGCUUUCAUGGGAAUUUGUAGUUUCACAAAAUCUGGGGAUUUACCCUUUGGGCACCUAUUGACUAGACUGAUAAAAUUCUCAUUGGCAAUGCCGUUUCCUGGUAUGUAAGUCUAUAUGGUGCUGACAUUUGCAAGUGCUGCAGCAUUAGGAACUUUAAAUGUCUUUUUUUUUAUAUAUAUAUAUAUAUAUAUUGUAAUGCAGUGGUUCCCAAAACAGUUCUCAGGAUUUAGGGAUUACCCAGUUGUGUCUAAGGUGUCUGUUUUGUUUUUCUAAAACACCUUAGAUACGACUGGGUAAUCCCUAAAUCCUGGACUGGUACGGGGUGCCUUGAGGACUGGUUUGAGAACCAGUGUUGUAAUGCAUUAAAGGGACACCAUAGUCACCAAAACAACUCUAGCUUAAUGAAGCAAAUUGGUGAUUAGACCAAGCCCCUGCAGUCUCAAUAGCUAAUUCUCUGCUAUUUAAGAGUUAAAUCACAUUGUUUAUGCAGCCUUAGCCACACCUCCCUGCAUGUGACUUACACAGUCUUCCUAAACACUUCCUGGAAAGAGUCAUCUAAUGUUUAUUGCAAAUUCUGUUUAAUCUAGCAUUUCUUAUCUCCUGCUCUGUUAAUAGCUUGCUAGACUCUGCAGGAGCCUUCUGUAUGCAAUUAAAGGGACACUAUAGUCACCUGAACAACUUUAGCUUAAUGAAGCAGUUUUGGUGUAUAGAACAUGCCCCUGCAGCCUCACUGCUCAAUCCUCUGCCAUUUAGGAGUUUAAUCCCUUUGUUUAUGAACCCUAGUCACACCUCCCUGCAUGUGACUUGCACAGCCUUCCAUAAACACUUCCUGUAAAGAGAGCCCUAUUUAGGCUUUCUUUAUUGCAAGUUCUGUUUAAUUAAGAUUUUCUUAUCCCCUGCUAUGUUAAUAGCUUGCUAGACCCUGCAAGAGCCUCCUGUAUGCGAUUAAAGUUCAAUUUAGAGAUUGAGAUACAAUUAUUUAAGGUAAAUUACAUCUGUUUGAAAGUGAAACCAGUUUAUUUUCAUGCAGGCUCUGUCAAUCAUAGCCAGGGGAGGAGUGGCUAGGGCUGCAUAAACAGAAACAACGUGAUUUAACUCCUAAAUGGCAGUGAAAUUGCAGGGGAAUGACCUAUACACUAAAACUGCUUUAUUUAGCUAAAGUAAUUUAGGUGACUACAGUGUUCAUUUAAAGUACAAUUUACAGAGCAGGAGAUAAAACUUUUAUCUUUUUUAAGUAAGUUACAUCUGAUUGAAAAUGAAACUAUUUUGUCUCCAUGCAGGCUGUGUGAAUCACAGCCAGGGGAGGUGUGACUAGGGCUGCAUUGACAUAACGAAAAAUAAUAUAACUCCUAAAUGGCACUGAAUGGAACCGUGUAACUUCACAGGCAUAAUCUAUACACAAAAACUGCUUUAUUAAGAUAAAGUUGUUUUGGUGACUAUAGUGUUCCUUUAAAUAUGGGUCCCUUUCACACCUGUAGUGUCCCUUUAAAUUUGUCAUCAUUAAAAAUUAGUUUAAUAAUAGCCUUGAAACACGUUUGCACUCUUGGCAUACAGGUGAGGUUCAUAUAUUUGAGAUCUUAAGCAGUUAAAUUUUAUGCCUUCUCCGUAGUAUGUACCCUGUAAAAGAUAUAGACAUAAUUAUUCAAUCUUGUCUGCCGGUUGGCAUAGGGUCAGGGCAAGCUGCCAUGGCAUCAAGCCAUUAUUUUAAGGUGGAGAGAUACCACAUGCCACGGAAAAAUUGAAUUGGUCUUGCAUUCAUCAGACCGUUAAACUGCUUCCUCCUCAGCUCCGGCUGAUACAGACUCACAUGGUGCUUUUAUAGAAUUAGCUUUGAAGACAAUGAUGGGUAUUCUUGCAUUUCUGUUCCUGCUCAGCACUAAAUCCUAAUACUGGCUGUAGCAAAUGCCUUUGGACCACUGCAAGCGUUAAGUGGCAUAUAAAUGAGGUAAUUAAUGCAGUAGAUUUGCAAAGACCGCAAAGUGGCUUCCAAGGCUGUUAAAUUGAUUUCAUUACUUUAGCACUCUAUGGUACUCAUACUUCAUUCUGGACACAUAAAGGGAAAGUACGUUUUGGAAACUAUAGGUUAUGUGGUAUUAAAAUAUUGUAUACUUUCAUUAUAGUCCUCCCUAGCAGGCUGGAUUUUUACUAGUUAACAGACUGUGACCAUUGGACAUUUUGCGCUAUUCAGGUACACGGGACAAAGGCUCUCAUGGUUGCAUGAUCGUGAUAACCACAAAACAACAUGAGACAUUCUGGUCACCUCACAUACCUACACGUAGAAACAAAACUCUGCUCAGAGAGGAGGCUCCGAUCCACAGAACUCACGACCAGCUUGUUAACCUAUAUCUACACAAAAGUGAAAUGUCUGACGUUUCUAUUGUUUGAAUUGCUAUUCAAUGUACCUCGUACAACCUGUUUAAAAAUCCAUAUCUGCUCUAUGUGAAAUUGUGCAUACUCUUUGUCAAUUUAUAAAUAGAGAUGUCGCGAACCGUUCAACAUGGAUGCUGUCCAGGGGGAGGGAGGGUCUGCUGGAGAUUGGCCGGGAUGUGUCAGCUGACCGUAGCGAACCACGGCGAGCCGUUCGCGGGAAGUUCGCGAAAUCUCUACUUAUAAAAUCAACAAAAUUAAGAAUGUUGAAGGAAAAAAAAAAAUCUACAAAAAAGAAAUAAAUACUCUAGCCGCCAGUAUUAUAAUAUGCAGUCACAAUUCUACAGAGUGGUUGACAUAACCUCUAGAUUGAAUUUAACCAGUCAGGAAAGCCAAUGAAAGUAUAGAUGGGGAAAGAAAAUAAUAUCUACUAAAUUGUUAAAUUGGAAGUGCAUUGCAAAUUAAAUUUUGAAAUAUGCAAAACCUCUUUCAUUUUUGUUCCUUUAAAAAUAUGUUGCUGGGAGGAAAUAUAGAAUUCUGAUUAUAACCAAUUCUUUAAAUGUCAACACAUAGAAAUGGACUGCACUGUGUCACUUAGACACCAUCUUUAUUUCUUUGGAGUUCUUAUAACAAGAAAAAAGAAAGUGGAUACAGUUUGCUGUAUUACAAAAGCUAUUUAUCUAUAUGACAGAGACGGUGCAAUUCACUUCCAUGUUCUGCUAUUUUGUGUUAUAGGUUUGAGGUAUUAUCAUUGGUAUUUAUAUAGCGCCAACCUAUUCCGCAGCACUUUCCAAUAUUAUGAAAGGGGGAAAUUUAACAAUGAAUGCAACAAUUACAAAAUGUUACAGGAACAAUAGGUAGAUGAGGACCCUGUUCAAACGAACUUAAAGUCUAGAGGUGUUUUCUUAUAUAGGUAAUGCUGCACUCACUCUUAAGAAAUUCCCCAAACUUAAUUUUUCUUUUGGUUGGUUACUUAUAGUAAUGUAAUUCUAUAAAUAUGUUUUCUUUGCAGACUCUCAAACGUCAGAGCUUUUUAGCACUGCUGUUUUUUAACAGUAUCCUUGCUCACGGAGAUCUUCGAAACAACAAACUGAAUCAGCUGGCUGUUAACCUUUGGAAUCUAGCUCAAAAACAUGGCUAUGCCGACACCAAAACUAUGGUAAGAACAUAGGUUAAUCAGCUCUAUUGCCAUUGAUUUAUAAAGUGGCUGCAGAACCAGAAAUACAGGACCAAUCAAAAGGCCACAAAGUAGUUUUACUAAAUAUGAUAAAGGAUUACUAUAGGGUCAGUAACACAAACAUGUAUUCCUGACCCUAUAGUGUUAAAACCACCAUCUAGGCCCCCCUGGACCCUCAUGCCUCCAUAAAUAUAGCAAAAUCUUACUGUAUUCAAGCCUGACGCUGUAUCUCGGUAUGCUGUUUGCCUCAGAAGUGGUAGCCUGAUCCAAUCACAAUGCUUCCCUGUAGGAUUGGCUGAGACUGACAAAGACCGAUCAGGGGCAGAGCCAGCAUGAUUCAAACACAGCCCUGGCCAAUCAGCAUCUCCUCAUAGAGAUGAAUUGAAUCAAUGGAUCUCUAUGAGGAAAGUUCAGUGUCUGCAUGCAGAGGGAGGAGACACUGAAUGUUUGGAUGCAUUUUAGGCAGCCAUGACCCAGGAAGGAUUUCUAACAGCCAUCUGAGGAGUGGCCAGUGAAGUUAUCACUAGGGCUAGGCUGUAAUGUAAACAGUGCAUUUUCUCUGAAAAGUCAGUGUUUACAGCAAAAAGCCUGAAGGUAAUGAUUCUACUCACCAGAACAAAUUCAAUAAGCUGUAGUUGUUCUGGUGUCUAUAGUGUCGCUUUUGAAAUCUCCAAUCUGUGAUUUAUGGUAUUCCAAUAGUAGAGCAUCAGCUCUAGGAGGUUUGAGUUUUUUGGGAGGGCUUUAGAAGAUGUUCAGUUUAUAUGACAUAAGAAUGCAAGAGCUAACUCUGCCCUAUUACUGCGCAUGCACAAAAGGUUUAAAAAAAAGGGUCUCAGAUGAAGUGAUAAACAUGGUGUGGUGUAUCUUUUCGUGAUCAUGUGUGGUAGCUUGCUCUGAAGAACAUAUACUGCACGAUCAAUAGGUUGAGAGCUUCUGUUGGCACAAUGAACCCUUCAACAUGGACAGAAAACCAAGACAUGGUUAUAACAUUAUUUUAACCAAUACAGUAUGGCUGUUUGUUUCCAUGCCAUAAAGUAUGCAAUGACAACCAAAGUCAUGUAAUUAAGCAACCAUGUAUAAUAUUUCUGAAAUAAAAAUCAAGAAAGCCAAAUGUCGAAUCUUAGCUUUGUUUCUACUUUAAAAAACAAAACAAAAAAAAAAAACUUCUGACAACUCUCACUUCAUUCUGCAUGCCCUACUGAUUCUGUCCCUGCCCCUCCUACAUCAAUAGUUCCGUAUUGUUCAGCGGCUUUGCUGCAGAACUGGAAUUUGAUGAGAAAGUUAAUGCUUCGUUUUGAUCAUUUUUGUGAUUAUUGAGCCAGUGACACUUCCAUUUUCAAUUCGUCUUGAAUAAAUUUAGGCCUACCCCUUCCAUUUAAUAUCUCCAUGUGCAAAUGUUGCUUUCUUUGGUUUGUACCUUAACUUACUUUCUUCGUUAUUUAGGUGAAAACCUUGGAGUACAUCAAGAAAAGAAGUAAACAGCCUGAUUCAAAUCAUCUGAAUGACCUGGCAACCCGGCUCCCACUACAGUCCAGAACCUAGAAGUCUGUGCCCAGCAUUGUUCAUGUCCAUCUCCAAGUCUCUUGUCUAUACAUACCUAAAUACAUUGCUUAGCAAUUGCACAGGCAUGUCAUUGGUUACACAUAUUAGAUCCAAUUGCUGGAGAGCUGGCCUGUAAUUGGCCUUCAAGAACAGUUAUGAUGUAUUUAUAUGUCACGUUUCAUUUAAGGGCUCUAUGCGAGCCUCAUGUUACAUCAGUGCCUUCUUUAAGAUACAUUAGGAAAGCGUCCACAUAGUAAAUUUUAAUCUCCAGUAGUUUGAUGGAGAACCCAACUCCUUGGAAUGUUUCUCCCUUGUCUAAAUUCCGUGUUUACAAUGACUGAUAGAACCAACCAGAUUUGGUGCAUCAGCAACUAAAAUAAUGAGUAAUGCUGUGAUUAAACACUUAGUUACACCAUUUAUUCUACUUCAGUCCAAUCUGAAAGGAAUAGACUUCAUUACAGUAUUGAUUAUCGUCAAUGCUAAUUUGAGACAAAAACAAAACAGUGUUAAACAAUAUAGAAAAGGGUACAAUAAGUACACUGCAUUGUGGAACAUGAUAAAAUGGCCUUGUAGCACUUUCAUUCCUUUCUAAAUUAGUGUAACUACAUAAUGUAUAACUGCACAAUUGUUUUUUACAUGUUAAUAAAACAUAUAUGGAAUAGUGUUCUAUGUUUUUACAUUACAAGAAACUACCUUCUUGCGGUCUUACAUAGUCUGUUUAAUGAAAGUCAUCGCUGUCUGAUGGGACACCAAAUGAAAGUGGUUCUCAAGUUCUUUUACUUUUUUUUUUUAGAACGCUAGCAACUGGACCUCCAGCUUUGUUCCUGAAAUUGAAGCUCUAUACCAGCUUCUGUUAUCCAUAUUAGUUCUAUAGAUUGAUCACUGGCUUUAUCAUAGAGGUGUAAACUAUUAUCAUGUAAGGAAAAUGGUGAACACAGCCACUCACAAUGCCCCUGUACAUGCUUCUACGAUGCAAUAUGUGUAUCAAAAAAACAUUUUAAUUAUCACAAACAAAAAAACAUAAGCAUUCAGUUUAAAAAUUCCAAUUAUGGAGUUAAAAUACAAAUUUAACAUACAAAAGAACAAUACAUAAUGAAAGGAUUUGUAUAUGUGCUAUUGUCCAAAACUUGAUGCUAUAAAUUUUGAGCAUUACUUAAGAUGAAGACAAGCUUGAUAACAAGCCUGUGAAAGAUCGGAAUGAUGUUUAUUUCGGAGCGGCAUUUUACUUUGACACUUUUCAAUUCACAUUUAAAAUGUCACUAUUUUUUUUUUGUUUUUAUUGUUUUGCAAUUUAUUUCCAAAUGCCUUUGCACCCAAACCCCAGGAGUGGUGUAGGAGACGUAGCAACAUUUGCCAUUUCUUUUCCAUACGUAAAAUUACAAUCUAAGUCCAUCUCAUCUGCUUACCAAACAUAAUUUAAGGUGCUUAGUGAAUGCACUUCAAUACAGCUGAUUCAUACAUCUUACAUCAGCCAACUUAUUAUUGUCCUUCUGCCUUGGACCGAAGAAGAGUUGAGAUGUCUCUGCCAGGGAUAGAACCUGCAACCCUGAGACUUGCAUUGGCUGAACAGCUGAUACAUUGAACACCUGAGCUAUUUCACUGCCAAUGAACCUAUCACUCAAACUUAACAGAUCUAGAUGCGCUUUUGUCUAUAUAAACAUUUUUAUUCUGCACAGGCUGAAACCCUAACCCAAUACCGCUGUUCCUCUUCCAGCUAAGGGCUUUGUCAAAUUCAGCUUCCAGGUUCCUCUCUAAAACCUUCUCUUCCUCUUUGCCAAGAGCCAUGUUUGCCUUUUCACUGUUUGAAGGUGGUGUGAAGGCCACCUGGUUUCCUUUCUUGAAUGCACCCAGAAGUCUUAGAAACUUGGCUUGCUGGUCUGAAGAUUGAAAAGAAGCAGUAUUCCAUUGCCCAAGCUUUGCGGCCUGUAAAAGAAAAUGACAUGCUUCAGUAUACAAAACAUCUCAUUUGGUUACAAUGUAUACGCUAGCCGUUGCACAAAUUCUAU